GUAUCACGUCUGAAUCUCGCGAUAGUUGUAGCAUCCGAGAUACUAGGAGAGCAGGAAACUUAAUAUGUCAACAAAACAGAUAAAUUGUCACCACACAGGUAACAUUUAAUGUAAUUUAAUGUGUUUUUGACAAACUGUGAACAUUCACCUUGAUGUAAAGAUAGAUUCAGAGCUAAAACGAACAAAUGACACAGGAGAAAUGAAGAGAAAGAGCUGAAUUGUCGCGUUGUGGCUGUCCUCUUAGCUCUGGUGACAGCCGUUAGUCUUCGACAUACUUGAUAACUGUCGAGCUGAAUGCUGCCGGUGAGGCAUUUACAACCAAAGAACAGCAUUUAAAAGACUUGUAGUGAUGUGAAAGCGAGUUUAACUGUUCAAAAACCUUCACUUACAACUUAUAUUAAAGGCUGUAACGUUAGCUCAAAGACCAUCUGUUGUAAAUCAGCCCGUUUUUGAGCUUCAUCUAAAUGAAUUUUAGUUAUUUAGAUCACUAUGCCACGUUUUGUUAUUGUAUAAAAGUCGUCAUCUUUGAAUUUCCCUGUGGGAUUAAUAAAGUAUCUAUCUAUCUAUCUAUCUAUCUAUCUAUCUAUCUACCUAUCUGUCAUACAAUAAUAUGAUUCUAUUACCUAACUUCUCCUUCUUCUAUUGUUUCUUUAUAAAGGCAUGUAAGGGUGUGCCGGUGUGGAUUAACCUGAAAGGUUACCUGGACCUGGACGCAGACUUCCAUCAUCCACCAGCCAGCAACCCAACCCUACCGUCUCCAUGACAACCCCUCCGCUUGUUUCACCUUUUGGCGGGCAGCCUCCACCCCCGCAGCAACAGCAGCAGCAGGCCCAGGCAGCGCGGGAUGUCAACACGGCCUCUCUGUGCCGCAUCGGCCAAGAGACAGUCCAGGAUAUUGUUCUCCGGACGAUGGAGAUCUUCCAGCUCCUCAGGAACAUGCAGGUCUGUCUCACACUGUCCACGCACUUUCCACCUACAUGUCAAAUGCAACUACACCUCCUGAUCAGCUCUAUUUUUACUCUCUUCUGUCUUUAACAUUUUCCCCGAUGUGGAAACACAACAGGUCGAUACAAGAGAUAAAACAGCAUCAUAUGAGUGUAAACAAAGGCAGGGAAGGCUCUGCUUUAAAAUACUUUUGAUGCAUGAUUUAAUAAAAGACUGUAUGGAGACUGAACAACAAAUGGAGGGUUGUUAUGAAGCAGAGGCAUCAGUACAGCCAGCCUGCAAAUGUUUGACUGCAAGUAUCAGGUCCAGCAUUAACACCAGUGGAUUAAAAAAAAAAACAUUUAGGGACAUUUAAGAGUUUUAAGUUCACAUGAUUUAAAGACUGAAAAUAGGUUAGAAAAGGAAUCUGCAAAAAGGGAAAAGAAGAUAGUGAAUCUAGGUUUUCUGGAUCUUGAUUCAAAUGUCAUAACAAACAACUACCAAGUUCUCUGGGGAUCAAAUGUUUGUAAUUGAAUGGGGCUGGACAGUUUGAAGAGCCUGUACAUGUAUAUAGAUUACUGGAACACUUGAACUUUCUAAGACAGUCUAUCAAAACAAAAAAAUUACAGGCAACCAGCUCUGCACAUAUCUUUUAAAUGUAAGGGCGUCCUUACGUCCUGACAUCCAUCCAUCCAUUUCCUACCGCUUAUUCCCAUUCACAGGGGAGGGCUGGAGCCUAUCCCAGCAUCUUCGGGCGAAGGCAGGGGACACCCUGGACAAGUCACCAGUUCAUCACAGGGCUGACAUAUAGAGAUGAACAACCAUCCACACUCACAGUCACACCUACGGGCAAUUUGAAAGUGGCCAAUUAACCUAACCCCACUUCUGCAUGUUUUUGGGAUGUGGGAGGAAACCAGAGUACCCGGGGUAAACCCACACAGACACAGGGAGAACAUGCAAACUCCACACAGUAACGCUCAGACCCAGAUUCGAAACCAGGACCUUCUUGCUGUGAGGCGACAGUGCUAACCACUACACCACUGUGCCGCCCCCAGAUUUACCGACAAAACUGAAACUGAACUGAAAAAUAAGUCAAAUACAGAUUUGAAAUUUUCACCUGUUUUUGCCACAUGUGUCCGUUUGUAUUUUGAUAAGUGAAAAAGAUUUUAAAAAAUAAACCAGGAUAAUGCAGAUCUUACAAAAACCCUUGAUGUAAAAGAGAGGAUUUUGUCCUCUUUUUUUUCAGGGGUAAACAUUGCAAUCCAUUCUCUGAUGCCAAGCAGCUGUUGGUGUGGUAAAAUUGUUGACACCAGAAUGGUUUAAACUGCAGGAAAAACAUUUUGUUCACAAAGUAGAGAAAAUGCAAUGAUAUAAAAUCCACAUUAUCCAACAGAUAAAUGUUGACAAAGUGUUUGUGAACAGAAACGCACCACUAGUAAAGAAAAGGCUCGGCUUUCUAUUCAACGCACUGUGAUGAAUGUUGCUGUUACUUGCUGACUUUAAACAUGGGAGAGAGAAGAGCCAAAGCUUACUUGAUCCCAGUGCUACGGUUCACUUUCACUGUAAACACUGACACCGACUUUGACAUGAAGAGGAGGCAGUGAGCGUGGCUCUGCUCAGAGGGAUCCAGUCAAUAUUGUUACCUAAAAUCACUCCUCUGCAAAAACUUUUUUUUGCCUGCCGUCGUGGCUGCACAGCUCUUACAGGAAGUGGAUAUCUUGUGUGAGUCUUUUCAAACUGGUUUUGAUGGCAUUGCAAAAUACUUGUCAUGGCAGAACUUGACACCAGUCAGGGUAAGAAAACUAAUGCAUCAGCAAUCUCAACUAUGUUCUGUAAUUCACACGUAGCUCAGCUCUGGUUCUGUCCUGGAGACGAGGUCAGUUUGAGUUUAUCAUGGAUGUCUGCCUCCUCCUCUGAGACGCUCCUCCUGCACCUUGUUAGAACCACAGCCAGAGAGACGGAGCAAACAAACAGGCAUCAGCCACAGAAUGCACAAACAGCAUUGUUGUGACUUGUUUUUUUCUCUUAGAUCACAGCCUGGCUUUAUACUCAUAAAAAUUCUUCAUUUAUCCCUCCUCCUCCUCCUCCUUCUCCUCUCACUGUCUGUCUGGUUGUCUUUCUCACCUCUGUUUCUCUGUGUCACUCUUCAUUUUGCCUGCCUUGAAGGUGCACUUGUUUCAUAUCAUAUAGGAUAUUUAUAAUCAGACAGUGCUGCUCCAGAGGUUCAUCGAUCCUUUAAAUAAAAACAUGUCUAGUUGCUCUUUACACUCAUUGUAGUUAAAAGCCAGUAAUGCUGCCUCAGCAUGCGAAUAAAUGAAAAUAAACACAGUUGCAGCAGCUGAGGCUCUUAACCUUUUAAUUUUUUAAAGUGUGAUUUAAUUAUUGAAUCAAGAUCUGUUACCAUAAUGGCACACGGACACAAACAUGAACACACUGAGGUUUAAUUACAGUCAAGUUGCUCUCACUCUGAAGUAGAGCGGAAACUGUGUUUUGUUAUUAGUGUAAAUACAUGUGAAUCUUCACUAUGGCAACAGCAGAGGGUUUAUAGAGCUUGUAGUGCUCAGAGGGUGAUCAAUGCCUGUUACUUUUUAUUAGCAUUCGCUAAACUGUGGGUUAGUACUUUGCUUAACACAAUGUCUCCUCUGUGGUGCUUUCCAGCUGCCUAAUGGAGUCACCUACCACCCACAGACCCACCAGGACAGGCUGGGAAAGCUCCAGGAGCACCUACGCAUGCUUUCUGUGCUGUUCCGAAAGCUUCGUCUCGUCUAUGACAAAUGCAACGAAAACUGUGCCGGGCUGGACUCCAUACCUCCAGAGGUGAGACACGCUGACACAGACUGGAAAACACAAAAUAUUUUCACACCAGUGUGAUAGGAGGUGAGUUUUUAUGACUGGUGUGUUACUGGUUUAAAAUUCAGCUUUCCAUUGUGGCUCGUUUUACCGUUGAGGCAGCUGCGCCGUGGCCACAUCUCCACCUCUUUGAUGGUUUCUAGAUCAGUCAAAACUUAAAGGUGGGGAAGGCAGGAAUCCGUUAAAGAUGCAUCUUUUUUUGUGGUGUAUAUACAAAAAAGCUUUUAAUAUCAGUCAAUAGCUAUUAGUUACUGAUGACAUUUGGUAAUAUCACGAUAUGGCUGUGUUUUGUUAUGUCCCUGUAGUCAACAUUUUAAAUUUUUUGAGCACUCCGCUCUUUCUGACUGUAAACAAAGCUAUUACCCCAGUGUUGUUUUCAUCAACGCCCCUUUUUUUCCACGACGAAGAUGUGACGUUGACAAGCUAAACAACUUAGAUGACUAAAAUGUGACGAGACGAAUGUGCGUUUACGUUGACGAAACAAGACUAGACGAAAAUGUUAGUGGUGGAUGACGAACAGAGUUGCAAAAUUCAUGAGCAUUUCGUCAGUCAAACGCUAAACAUAUAUUCUGCAGUGUUGUUUUCGUUGACGAUGACGUUGACAAAAUAUUUUCAUCUAUGUCACCGGCAACGAAAACAACACUGCAUUCCCCACCUCCCCCAACCUGAUUGGUUGUCUGCAGACGCUGCUCCCCCAUGUCGUUCAGGAGCCCAAACAAAGUAAGCAUGCUACGAUAUCGGACAGUAGAAACCAACCAGAAAGUACAGAAAAUUGUCUGAAUCCUUCUAUAGCCACGACCGCCAACACAAGCAAGAAAACAAAGUAAAUACUGGAGACUCUGGUGGAAUAACGGGCGCUUAAAACAGAGGUAGACCGGACAAGAGCUAAAAAGCCCGGGUCAACAAUGAUGGGGGACGCUUUGGGAUCUUACAGACCCUGUAACCUUUCUGCUGAACAGUGAAACCCUUUUAACAAAGUAAGCCAAGUGUCUGUAACAGAAGUGUUUCUUGUCAAACUGGACCUGCUGCGUGUUGUAGCGCCGCUAAACUGUUGACCUCGGGUCCUGGACUAUGUCACUUUAUCCUAGUUGUUGAAGUCCUGCAAACAUUGUGUUUGCUGGUAGUCUGUUGGCAUCUACAGUAGCACCAAUGCUUUUUACUUUCACCUUGACUGGGGCCCAUUUGUAAUUAUCUGAAGUAUUUAUCGGCAUUAUAUCUGAAUUUAAUUGGAACGAUAGAAGCAAGCAGGAGCGUCUGUUUGUGGGCGGGGCUUGCUGGAGCGAGACAAAGAGGAGAGGAGGAGCUGAGGGGAAAACUGGUUGGGAGGUAAAGUGUUUACAUUCAAGAUUUCUGCCAAAAACUGGCACUUCCUCAGAUCCUGCUUACCCCACCUUUAAUUGGAGUCAGCAUUUUCAAUGUGGCGUUCCUUAUCUACAGGCUUCGUCAUGACAUCAGUGGAUCACCUCUCUGAGAUCGGGUCCAUGUCUUAAGCAGUCUGUGGUUUUUGCAUGAUGUGAAAUCCUGUCUACAGAUGCCUGGAAUCAAAACCUCAUGACUCUGAAAGUCCAGAGUUUUAGUCAUGUUUGUAUUUGAGUGUUGUUGCUGUGAAACAUGAGUGCAGAUGUUGCUGAUUUUGGACAUUUUUGUGCCAAAAACCUUUAAGUCAGCGCUGAAUCACGGUGGUUUGUCAUGUAUUCAUCCGUACUCUGAGGACUUUUAUGGAAGUGUUUUGAUGAUUUCAGGUGUUUCUUGCCUGUGUGUGUUUCUUACCCCCUUAUUAGGUAAAACAUAAUUAGCCAAAUUACACUGUCUGGCACUGUAGUUGUGUUGUGUUAACCUCGCCCAGGAAGAGUCUACCACUUAGAGGGAUGCAGGCAGCAGAACAGCUUGGCAGUCAUCCAAAUUAAAAUCACUGAUCUCUCCAGUUUGAUCCCAAUCCGACUAAAAUAACAUGAAACUUGUCGAGGUCUAGGAGUGGCUACCAGUUAAGCGUCGCGUGGAAAAGAAUUUAGUGCUGUACAGACGAAGAUUGUUCCUGUUCUGCUUAUCUUUUCAUCCAAAACAAAAAACAUGUCCUGCCUGUAGAGUUGGAACUGAAGAAGGUAUACAAUCUAAUUAAACAAAAGAGCAAACAAAGAAACCCAUGUACUUGUGUGCAAGCUUUUGGCGAUUGCCUGAAAAAAGAGAGAAGUACUGAGGCACCAGAGAAUGAGUUUUUAAUGUUAUGUUGGCAGGGGUGGUUCUCACAGCCGUGUUUUUACGGUUCAACAGAACAAUAGACGCUGCUGCAGAUCUCUGCCAGGUGUGAGUGCGGGCAUGUAGUUCGAGAUCAGCUCUCUCCCUUCUUCCCACUCCUCUCCCACACAAAGAACAGUUGCUUUUUUGAUCUAGCAUCACGCUUUAAUUUUCUUGAUCCUCGGCAUAAACUGGAUGUAAGCUAAAGCGCAGAGGCAUAACUGUGCUCAUGAAAUAUUACCGGGCUGAAUUACCUGCUGAGAAACUGACACACACGAAUAUCAACACCUUUACAGAGAGGGGCAUACACAUGAUCACCUUCAGGCCUUCACUGGGUUGAGAUAACAAGCUAACAAGAGCGGGCAGAGUCAACAGAAAACAAGAUAACAGCUGAGGAAAAACAAUAACAGGUAGAGAACAUUGUAAGACGGUUUAUUUCAUACUUAACACAUAAACUGUCAUUUUUAGUUCCAUGCUCACAUCACAAGUGUUUUUAACAUUUAAGAGUUAGACCCGACAUUCAUUUAAGUAUAUCUGUACAAGUAUUUCAGAUACCCACAAUGCUUUUCUUACUGUUGUUGGAGAUAAAGAGGCACUCAAAUGAGGUCUUGGGGGCACACAAUUAAAAUUAACAUCUUUAUUAUAAAAGACAAAGAUCUGUGUCUUUCAUGAUCAUGUGCGCAUUCCGCAUUGGUUAUUAAGUUUUUCUGCUAAUUAGGAAACACCACAAGAUGGUAUCGAAUCCACAACACCUUUCUUCGUGUGAUAAAUGACAUCAUAUUCCUUAUUUGAAUUUUCAGACAAGAUAUCCACAACUUUAUUUUUAGUCCAGAUUAAACACCAUAAAUAUCUAAAGUGUGAUUCUUGCCUUGAAAAACUUCCAUUUCAGUUAUUUGGGAGCAGCUGUGGCUCAGGGUUAGAGUAACACAUGGAAGUGUCCUUGAGCAGGACUUUGAACCCUGGGUUUCCCCUGUGUGGUGCACUCUGUGUAUGAGUGAGGUUAUUUAAUACUAAUGGGUGCUUCAUACAACAUCCUCUGCCAGUAUAAUGGUUAUACUGUAUGUGACAUUGGGUGUUGAAUCACUUUUAAGACUAGAGAAGAGCUGCUGUCCAGUUCAGUAACGAUAUUAUCCGCAAUCCAGUAGGGGUGGGAGAAAAAAUCGAUAUAGCAUAGUAUCGCGAUAUUUUGUCUGGUGAUAUAUAUCGUAUCGUCUCAUUUACCAAGUAUCGAUUUUUCAAAUUAAUUGCUAAUAUGAAGUCAAAUCUAUGAUAAUGGAAAAAUAAAAACAACUGGUUGUCCAGUGAGGUUGGCAGAGGUGACAGAAUAGAGCAGGAGAAAGUUAGUACAACAAAUAUUUAAAAGGUUUGCAAGAUGUGCUACAUGACAAUAAAAUACGACAAACAUAAUCAAGACAAACGUAAAGGAAAGCCAAAUGCUAAAUUAUCUAAACAGUUGUAAAAAUUGUAUAAAUUGCGAUAUAUGAGAUCGUAAUACUCACUGUAUUGCAAAAUGUUAAAAAUCGUAAUAAUAUCGUAUCGUGGCCAAAGUAACAUAUUGUAUCGAGGGGCCACUAGUGAUUCCCACCCCUACAGUCCAGGUGUUACAAAGUGGUAACCUAAAGAUAAGAAAUCUAAAUACCAUAGACUGUAUAUAGAAUGGACACCGUCUGGCUCCUUGCUGGGUGAAGCCACUCUGAGAACAGCACCCUCUUGUGACGGGCUGCAAUAUAGGUCAUAAAUCCCGCCUCCUCCAGCAAUUCCUAUGGAGCUGUGGACAAACUUCAGAAAUUUAUUACAGAGAACAUAAAUUUUUCUCCCCCCUCCUUGUGAUGUUGACAUGUCGUAAGUGUUAGACUGGUUUAUGUUCAAGUCCUCUUUUUAAUGUGCAGCUCCAUUUUUACAAGUUAUUGGGGGUUCAUGUUUUCUAUGAUUGACACUUGAUACAGCCUAUUGGCGUACAAGGAUUGCGUAGCUCACCCGGGGAUACGCUGUUUGAGCCGAGCGUCAUCACAGCGACUCUCGGUGACUCUCCCGCCCAAUGUGCACAAUGCCACUGCGCAAGUGGUGGAGUGCGUACAACGCUACUGCGCAAUGUUGGUUUCAGGAAGUGGGGAGAAAACUCGGAAUUACCGAGAGCUUUUUGGUGUCAAAUCCAUAUACUGGCGGAAAGCCGAACCAAGUUGUCCAUAGUAUAUACAGUCUAUACUAAAUACUCACAAGACAACUUUAAACAUCAAAAAAUGAAAUGAAAACAGGAGGACAGAGAUCUGAAAUCAGAGUUUUUCCUCUAAGAAUGCUGCUCAGAUAUCCAGAGAAUUCACUCUAGAAAAAAAUACAUUACAGAUAAUUGAAAUUUAAAGCCCAAUUACUGAUGAAUGAAAUAUAAUUACUGAUAGCAGUGUGUUUGUGUUAAAUGUGUGCAUCUAUCUGUGGGAUUACAUCAACAUGUUGUGGUGUUUGUUGGGGGAGCCACGUUUUUAAUUAUUGGGGUUGAUUGAUCAUCCAGAUGCUCUCACACAUGCCGAAACGCUUGUCAUGAGUUUUCCGCGUGCGCCCGCAGCCAAAGUCUCAUAUAGCACACACAGCUUCUUACGCAAAUCGCCUGCUAAAUUAGGAAGCUGUUAGUUUAAAGGAAGUAGGCCAACUGUUAACGCCACACCCCCUUAACUAACACUCUUACAGUGCCGUACACACAAACACACACAAACACACAUGUGCAUUUUUCCCUGGGGGACUCUUAUCUCACCUUCUCCCUCUAGGUCUGUCUUUUCUGUGCUCGCAGCAGAUUCAUUGGCUGCUUGAGGUGAGUCUCCAGAGGCUCUUUACCGCUGGUUACAGUCACCAUCCACCUUCAGGAACAAACGCUCAGCCUGUACUCACACACACCACCAGAAGCACAAAAGGGUGUGCACUAAUGUGUCCAGUAAGCUAAAUAUAUACAGCACAGAGAUGUAUGUGAAGCCCCAUGGCCCUUUGCUCGUACACUUACACAUAAACUCACACACACACUCUCUCUCUGUGCACUGUUGGUAGCUCCAUGCAGGGCAACAGCCAGGCUAUCCACCACUGUUUGAUUGGAUUUAUGACUGCGGCAGUCCCUUCCCAAUUUCUACAGAUUGGCUCGGAGCUAAUCUCUCUCUCCAGACUCCUUCUGAGGAUAAAGGAGGAUGUGGGAGGAGACUGGUCUUAAAUUGGAACAAAUUUGCGAUGGCUGCCACCGUGUACAUUUUUUGGCAUUGAAUAAUACAGCCGCUCCGGAGCAUUUCGAAUGAUCUAUCCACUGGUUGUUCGAAAUGAGUGCCGUCUGCGGUUCCACCCCUAAUUCACAGUCUAUGAGGGGGUUCACUGUGACAUUUUCCUUUGCAGUAAUGGUGUAAACCCUCAUUGAAUCAUUACACCAUCGAGCUAUUUAUCUCCCUCUUAUUUCCACCUUAUUUAAAUGUUUAUUCGUUCCCCUUUUCAGGCUGUAAACCAGCGCAGUGCUGACCAGCCAAUAGCUCAGCUCGCCAUGUUUGUACUGGAGGCUGAGGGGUUGUUGAUUUUGGCCUCAGCAUGCACGCCAUUUAUCAUCUCAGAGAAUUCAGGUGCCCGCUUGACAGCCGCCCACUAUUGGCUGCCCCAAACAGGAAGUGGAAUCAAUGACUCGGGCAGCAUGACCUCAUCUCAGCCUAAUUAGCAACAGAGCUGCUUAAUGAACAGCUGGAGCGGAUGUACACGUCAGCAUUUUCUACUUUUUCUGUCCAGCUGUCAGUCGCUGAAGCCGUUGGACUCUCACAUUUUCUCCUCCUUUCUGUUUGUUCUUUCUUUUCACUCAAUCCUUUUUUUUCCAGCUUUCAUCCUGAUAGCUUCAGUCUUCUAUUUCUCUCCUUCCUCUCCUCUCUUUUCUUGCCUUUUGAACUUGGUUCUUCUGAGCUUUCUCUCUUGUUUGUUCAUUUGUGGCUUUUUUCUCAUUUCUUUUCAUUUCUGUUGUUUAAAGUUUCACCAUUUCUACUUUUUCCCACCACCUUUUCUUCAUCUGUCUGUCAGUAAUUCUUUUUCCUUUUUUGUGUCAUUUCUUUUCUUUUCCUUCUUUUUAUGUCAUUUACUAUCUUUUAAUAACAUUUUUGUUCCUUUUCUUUCUUUCAUUCUUUCUUUCUUGUGUCUUUAUUUUCUUUCUUUCUUUCUUUCUUUCUUUCUUAUUUUCUUUUUUCUUUCUUUCUUGUGUCUUUAUUUUCUUUCUUUCUUUCUUUCUUUCUUAUUUUCUUUCUUUCUUUCUUGUGUCUUUAUUUUCUUUCUUUCUUUCUUUCUUUCUUUCUUUCUUUCUUCAUUUCUUUCUUUCUUUCUUUUCUUUCUUUCUUUCUUUCCUUCCUCCCUUCCUUCCUUCCUUCCUUUCUUGUGUCUUAUUUUGCUUUUUUCCUUUCUUUUUUUCCCCUAUUAUUUCUAUUUUCUGGUGUCAUUUCUUUCUUUCUUUCUUUCUUUCUUUCUUUCUUUCUUUCUUUCUUUCUUUCUUUCUUUCUUGUCUCUUAUUUAUCUUUUUCCUCUCAUUCUUUCUUUCUUUUUCUUGUGUCAUUUCUCCUUUUUUUUCUUUUUGUGUUUUUUUCUUUCUUUCUCUCUUGUUUCUUUCUUUGUUUGUUUCUUUCUUUCUUUCUUUCUUUCCAUCUUAUUUUUUCUUUCCUUCAGAUGUUUAUUCUCACUGGCUUUGUUUCACUCUGUUCCUGUCGUUUUCCUUCGUUCCUCUCUUUUUAUCGUUCAAGUCUUCUUCCCUCUCUUGUCAUUUCCUGCUCUGAACAGCCGUAAUGUUUCAUUUCCCUCCCCUCUUACACAUGCACUCUGCUAUUUUCUUAUUAUUCUUUUAUUUCUCUCACUCUACCUCGUCUCUCCUUCUUUUCCUUUUGUCCCAGCGCAGCAACCUGGAGAACUUCAUUAGCCCAUUCUUCUCUGUCAGCCAGGAAACCACAUCCAUCUCUCUGUGCAAGAGGCAGGGGUUAUGACUCACACAGGCGCACUCACUGCUACACGUGCACCCACACACACACGCACACAAACACACACAUAAUACACUCCCCAUCCAUCUUUCCCACCCUACUCAGCACAUUUCAUUUUCCACCCUGAAGCUGCCAGAAUCAGCCCACUACCUUUAAAAAUGCGAUAUGUCAUUGGCUCCAGCCUGAAAUUAUCUAAUGAAAAAACUUUUCCUAAAGUUUUCUGAGCCAGAGACAAGCUCAUAGUUUGUCUCGUAUAAUAUCCUGCACAUGUACUCGCUGUCUUUUCUCUGUCCAGCAGUCUAAGUUUACAGUUUGGCGCAGAGCUUGGCCUGGAAACUGUCAGCGGCAGAGAAAGUUAUCCAGGUUUUAUGUCUUUUUUGCCACUCCUUUUCCCUCUUUUUGGCCUCUCUGUGUCUUUGUGUCUUUUCCCUUCAUUCUCAUUUUGUUGUUCUCUUUCUUUCUUUUGUCUCUAACCCCCCUUUGUCUUACAGUUUGCCUUUUGUUUCACUGUCGGCCCCCCCUUUUUCUUCUUCCUGUUUUUUUUCCCUUUUUUGUUUCACUCUUGUUGAUGUCAAAAGUCUGCUGGCUCCGGCGCUACCCAAACAUCAGUCACUCAUCUCUUCCAGAUCAAGCAGAUUUCUCCAAUCACUGUCUGCUGUCCACUCCAGCUGCACCGCCUCGGGUCAACAGAGUAGUCCAGCUCAAUAAUCCAAAAACUCUGCCUGAUUUAGAUUAGAGUCCUGCCAAGUUGAUAUUGGAGCAAGGUGUGUUUUGCAGCUGUAUGGUAGUUUUCAUUGGCGCCUUGCUGUUUUGAGAGUCUCCUACCUAUAAUCUGUGUUUUUCAUCUUGUCUGGUAUGACAGUUGGUGUUUUGGAAAGGAAAUCUUGGAGCUGUUAUUUUUUUGGAGAUGUUAGUUUUUUUAUGUGAAUCUUUGCUUCCUGUAAAAUAAACCGCAGCAGAUUAUCUUUCGAGCCCGUUAAAUGUCGGGAAUCGCGCUCGAAAGCAGGUUUGUGCACUUUUGAGAUUGUGAAACUAUAAAAUUGACUUUAUGUCGACAUAACUGAUACUGUGUACUUCCUGGGAAUUCUGCACAAUAGCACAGACAUUUGACUGCAUUACACACCAAGUUAUUGACAGAAUUUAGCUCUAUUCAGCAGCUCUGCACGGAUCAUCCACCACACAGCCUCAGUGUAAGACUCUUUACGUCCUCGCUGUGGGUUUUACCAGGAACACUUUGUUCUUAAGACACUCGCACAUUACUUUGAUGUGUGACUGCGGUGAUUCUCCUCCUCACCCCCUCCAUGUCGUGACCACUAGGGGGCAGUGCAAUGCAAAGGAGCGGGCACUGACCCUGUCGUCUGCUCCGCCUGAAGGCUCCAGCACGUCAGCCUCACUGUAGUGUCAAGCAGACAAGGUCAAGCACACAGAGCGUUGAAAAAUGAAUUAAUCUCCCACUCACUUUCUGUCUCUGCCUCUCUCUCUCCUAUCUGUCCCUCUCUUUAUGUUGAAGUGAGACUCAGCCGGCAAUCGAGAGCUUACACAGAAUCCCCAUUUCCACCACUUCAUGGGAGCGAGAUUACAAGACAGCAUGGGGGAUAUCUUGAGUAGAGGAAGGCACUCAUAGGUUGUGACUGCAAAUAUGCGCGUAAUUCUGACCUAUAACGGCACUCAAGGGGAAAUACAAGGAAGGGGAAAUGGGAAUGUGCAGCAAUGUGUUUGUCAGCAUCACUCAAAUGAAUUAACGGGACAGAUAAAGCUUGAAUAUUGUAUUACAAAAAACACAAUCUGUUUAAUAAAAUACACAAUGAAAAAAAAAAUCAUUUCAAUUCUGAAAUGUGCCGUUGUGAUAUUAAGCCGGCACAGUGUGAGGAAACUGGGAACACUGUUUAAAAUUGCAAAGUGUAAUAAAUGAACAAAGUUUAAAAGUACAAAGCAGCUUCAACUCACAUUCUUUUUGGUCUAUCUGUGUUUCAUGUUUCACACAAUACCUGCAUUUCCAACACGUUUCUCCUAAAUCCGUGUUAAAUAAUAAACACCCCAGAUUUUCCAACUUAGGUUCCGAUCGAUAAAUCCAUGAGUAGUUGAAGCUUGAACUUCAUGAUGUGAAAGGGUCGCUGUUAAACCCAGGACAUCAAACAAUUAUUCCUUCUUGUUGUGUUUGUUUUACUAGAAGAAACAAUAAAUGGGAGAGCGCGAACUACACUCGAAGAACCUUCAGGUUUCUGUCAGGACUGAGGAAACGCUUUCUUGAGUUAAAAAAGAUGAGGAAACACUGGAUCUAGGACUAAAACGAUACAACCAUGAUAAAAUAUAAUAAAGGUGAUCAAGCGUUUAAGGUUAAUUAAAUUAAACAGUCUUAAAAUCUAGUAAUAAAAGAAAGUAUAUCAAAAAAAGAGGUAAUAAAACUCAAAAUAGUUACUCUAUGACUAAAAUAGGGUAAAAUCACAUAAUACAGAUUAAAAGAUUAAAACAAAAUUUAACUAAAAGUCUGACUAAAAAGGUCUUGAGUUUACUUUUAAAAAUAUGAACAGUAGGUGUCGCUCUUAGGUCUGCAGGUAGGCUGUUCCACAGAUGGGGAUCAUAAUGUUGGAAUGAUGAUUCACCGUAUGUUUUAGUUUUUACUUUGGGUUAAAAGACCACCACCUGAAGACCCGAGGGCUCUACUAUGCUCAUACAGUAAAACCAAAUCAGAUAAAUAAGACGGACCAAGACCAUUAAGAACUUUCAUUCAUCAUAAGAAUGCAUCUGUGUGAAUUUCAGUCUGUUUCAUAAACCUCAAAAAACUCCUGACAUGAGCUUUAAAAGUGUUAUAUUUCUAUAGUGUAGAUGGCCUAGGGCUGGGCGAUAUGGCCUCAAAUCAAUAUCACGAUAAAUUGAACAGUUCACCUCGAUAAUGAUAAAUGGACGAUAACUACUCCACAAGCUGCUCACCCCCUCCCACAUUAACUUUGUCUACUUCAGCUGCUACAACUUUUGAACCGUCCUCCAUCUCCUCACCUGUUUUUCUCUCUUUGUUACGGGCUGGAUGGGGUGGAGUCACGUCUCCAACGUAGGACAACAUCUUAAAGGGACAUGAGACCAUAGCCUACCUACACACAUCCAAAACCAACUGUUAUUUAUUUAUUUAUUUUGACACUGAAUAAAUUGACAUUGGCAAAAUGACAUCGGUUAUUGUCUGAAAUUUCGGUAUCUGUAAAUUUUCGGUUUAUCGUCUAGCCCUAGUAGAUCCUAUAUUUCCUGUAAUAUACAACCCUUGUCUUAUCAGUGUAUCGUUCUAUAAAAAAUGAUUCUGUAGUAAAUAAUUCAUCCAUUUUUUAUUUACUGUCCCUUCCAGCAACUGAUACCCUUUGUGGAAGAUGACAGCUCUAAACAUGAGGACCGCUCAGCUGGUCAGAGCCGCUCCACCGCCGAGGAGAGGAGAGAAAUCUUGGAGGUCAACAAGGUAUUGUGUCCUGUCUCUCUACAGCACAACACCGUUUGAGUUUCAGGUUUUAUGAUCAGUCAGAGGUUGUAAAAUGAUGAGGUGAGGCAAGAAGAAAGUGUAGUGAAAAUUAAUCACGUCAUAAACGAUGUUAUUUAAAACUUUUGAAGUUGGAGUUCACCUCUGAGAUCCAUAAGCCUGCAGACAUUUGAAAUCAAAUCUACCUGAACUGGAGGAAAGCAAUCCAUCUUGAAGAUAAGAAAUAAUAAUUGGGUAUAAAAUUCAUCAUAGAUUAGUUUUUUCUUUUUUUCAAUCUCCGUCAUUAACCUGAAGCUUUUACAGCCUUCUUUCCAUUACUUGGAUAACAAUUAUUCAGGUUGUAAAAAAAACGGUUUAUAGAAAACAAAAUGAAGAGGCUACACAUGAUAAACUUUAUUGUCUGCUGAUAGAGUUUGGGCUUAAAUGGGCAAUUUACCGCUGCCGGUUGGAAAUGCUACUCACAAGAAGUGCAGUUUUCAGAGCGACUAUCUUCAUACUGUGUUUCUGUUGAAACCCUGACUGUGCACUUGGAUGUAGACAUGCUGUGUAAUCUGAUCUCAAAAUGCUCCAAAAGCUUAAUUUGCAUAGUGCAUUAUUUGAAUUUUUCUACUGGGGAGAAUUCCUGUAGUAUUGUUGGUAUAUUGUUGUCACUUCUUUUUGCAUCUGUAGAUUUUACUUUACUCUGGAGCAUCACUGGGUAUAAAGAAACUGCCUAAUUUGUAUAUUAAUCAAAUAUACUUAAAGGCACUAUAAGGAGUUUUAAAAGGGAAGGAAAACAGUCUGAAUCUGAUUCUGAUGCAUUUUUAUGAUGUUCAAUAACAAAUCAGACCAUCAAGGAUUUAUAAGGUCUUUGAAGAGAAGCAUUUUUCCAUUUUCCUCCAAAAGUCGAAAGAUUUUAUUUUCGUUUUUAUUCCAGUAAAUGGGUAAAAUAUCAAAAAGAAUAAACCCACAGACUAAAGACACCUGACUUCAACAAGACAGAAUCUGAUGGCCCCCUCUUGAUAUGAAUUGAAGAGAAGAAGAGAUGAUCUUUUGUCACAUCUUAUGAGUGAGGUUUUCACUUUUCGAGUCGUUUCAAGUGUCUUACAUCAAACACACCUCAGCGCUGUGUCAGAUUUAACCACUGUCAGAUAGGCUUUUUCUCCGUUUUCUGUCGCCGCUGAGCGCAGAGAGCUUUUCUUCAGGCACGCCACGUUGUCAGUCAGAGGCGGAAAGUUAGACGCUGAAAGAUUAAAUCCUGAGUCAUGGCUUAGAGCCGAGCGGCAAAAAGACAGAUCGAAUUUAGGCAGAGGGAUGCACAAAUUUAUACACACAUACUAUAACAUGGAUAAAAAAUAGUUCCUUGAUGGAAGCAGUAAAAACGAAGUCUGUUUGGACCAAAACUGCGUUCGUACGACCUUUCAGAAAUUAAAUACAUUGACAAACAGUGAUGCUGCAUUUAGCUAGGUACUUAAAUCCAGCGCAGUCAUGGUUUACCCUUCCAUUACAACAAAAAUAAUGAUACGACCAUUGAAUUUGGAUACUAUAGGGUUGGCAGUAGCUCAGGAGGUAGAGCGGUCGUCCCAUGAAAGGUUGGUGGUUCAAUUCCCCCCUAUCCCUAGUCUACCCAUUGUGUCCUUGGGCAAGACACUUAACCCACUUUGCUCCCAGUGUGUGUCCUCCACUGGUGUAUGAUUGUGAGUGUUGUGUGGUGGUCGGAGAGGCCGUAGGCGCAAACUGGCAGCCACAUUUCCAUCAGACUGCCCCAGGGCAGCUGUGACUACUAAGGUAGUUUACCACCACCAGAGUGUGACUGUGGGAGUGAAUGAAUGAUGUAUCCAAUGUAAAGCGCUUUAAGGGUCUCUGAUAAAGCGCUACAUGAAAUCUGACGAUUAUUAUUAUUGUAGGGAAAUGGCAAUCCUCUAAAGUGAAAUUAAAGUUUGUGUGGUUUUUUGAAAUACAGAAUUAGACUGAAGUUUGAAAUAUAAAUAAGAAAAAGAUUUAAAAAAUCACACAAAGAGCAAAAUGUAUAACUAACCUGUCUUCAGAUAAAGCACUGAUAUUUUGAAUUAGCCGUCCUGUCUCCACAAUGUAACUGCAAAGAUGCAUAAAAUAAUAAUAAUAAUAAUAAAAAUUAAAAAAUGAAUAAUAACAAUAAUAAUAAUAAAUAAUUUAUUUAUAAUGCUUUACAAUGCUUAUACAUAAUAUAAUAUAUAAUGCUUUACGCUUUACAAAAAUAAACACAAUUUAAAAUACAGAAAAUUUUCAGUAAUAAGACUAUGGUCGGAGGGCCGGACUAGAACCCGCGACCGCUGCGGGGCACGCUAGCCCCGAUAUGAACAACUUUUUUAAAACUUCUCACUAAAGUUUAGUCCUGAUAGAUUUAUUUUGCUGCCGGGAACCAAAACAAGUGGAACCAAAAUCCACAAACCACAAAAACCCUGAAAUUUGAAACACACUCGGGGCGAGAGGUUUUUGUCCACAGGAGUUGCCGUAAUCAUUGAAAACUGAAAGUUACUCACAGGAGCUUUAAAAAAACUGAUACACAUCAAGCCAUUGUAGGUUGUUUGUAUCGCCCUAACCUAAACACAGUAGCUCCUAUUACACAAAUAUGCUGAUGCUGCACGCCAUCUAUACGAACACAACACAGGUUGUGUUACCGCCGACACACGCAGCCCCUUGAUGUUUUGGCAUUCACUGUCAUAGAUUAUUUUUCAGCCCAGGAUUAGGUGUAAUCUCUCUCUGGGAAAGGGGCACAGGAUGACAUUAAAGCGCUGUGUGCAAAUAUCAGCCUUGGGUCGAUGAAGCCAAGAUCUCACACACUGAAGAUGCAGGUGAAGUAAACAGCCAGCAGCCGCACACACAAACACACACUCACACACACAAUACCCUCCAGCAGUUCUCAUUUCUCCCCGGAGUUCAGUUGUUGUGGAUGGCGGAGAAUGGCAAAGGUUCAGGUAAAACACAUCAUGCAUUAUUUAGAAGGCCUUUUUAGUUUGCCCCGUCUUUCAGGGCUUUGUUUUGUUUGUAUAUAUAGUUUGAGUGUAUUUAUAUCGAGUGAGAAUGAGAAAAGAGCUUUUGUUCUUUCCUCGCAGAGACAAAGAUUGCGUUCGCAUUUCCUCUCGCACAUGCUCUCAGUGCGAGCGCGUGCCGCCUGAACGUCCCCUCGCUCCCCCUUUCUUCCCUUUGUAUGUGCAUUGUGCCGACUCCGUACAGAUUGUGCACGCCAAGCCGUCUGAGUGUGCCGCGAUGAUAAUGGUCCAAGGUCAGGAGUGUCAGCGGCAGAGAUGAGAAUUGGUUAUUUUUAAGAGCUCAGCACAGCUCCCCCGGCUGCUUUUAAAUGUUAACACCACGGUGAAACAUUGCGGUGAACCCUGCGCUCAACUGCACUCAGUACCGUCCAAAACAAACAGCAUCUCCUUUUCGCACAAAGGCUCCAUACACCUCCAAAAGGAUUGCUGAAAGCCUGCCUUUUCUCUCCGAGUCUCACUGACAGUAUAUAAAAAAAACACAAACCUGAAAGUGGGAGUAAUUUCAUCCUAUUAGAGACCUGUGUACAGAUGUGAUAAAUAACCUUGUUUACGAUAUGACCUUCCCCCCAUGCGAAGAAUUUGCAUGCAAAUAGAGUCCCGUCAAAUGAUCCAAGUAUAUAGUGAUUGAGAAGACAGGCUCACACCCGAAGGAGCUUUCCUUACACUUUCUUCAAUCCUUAACGCACAGCAACCGGUCCAAGCACCUUAUUAUGCAACAGUUAUAAAAACAGCUCAUUAUACCGCCAGUGUAUGGAGGGAAUAACCAGAUUUUACUUGUUUUGAAGUGAAAUGGACCGUCCUUGUUGUGCACAAAAUACGAAGGGUAUGUUGUUUUCCUGAUCAGAAAUGUUAUCAUAAUUCUUGAUUUAAUCAGGGCAUAUAUUAAGGCAUAACUUGGAUUCCUUUCAGCCUCUCACUGAAAGAUGCCCUCCAGAGUUUUCCUGUAAACAAACAAAGCUUAUGUUUACAUUCAGUAAACACCAGAAUGCAUUCUGCCUUUCCCUCCGGGUCUAAUCAAAGUAUCGCAUACAUUUCUUUUGUCCUUACACUUCUGCUCAGCUCCUUUUCUCUUAUAUUCUUGAAAACAGACGUAUUUUUUAUUUAUUUUUUUCUCGCUGCUAGUUGUUUACAAGGCUGUAUCCUUCCUUUGCCCUGCCUCUUUGGAGCCGUACUGCAUUGCCUCAACCAGUGGAAAAAUUGAAUAAUCCUAAAUUGAGUCUGUAUUUUUUUUUUUUUGCGUGUGUGUGUGUGAGUGUGAGUGCACUGAAGCUAAGAAACAUAAGACCCUUGCAUUAGAAAUUGCUUCACAAACUGCACCUUGAAGCUUAAAACAUCCUCGAAAAAAUGAAGAACGGAACAAACUGUACAGACAGAAAACAAACUUAAAGCCACAAUAAAGAACUUCAAAAAUCUUACCUGUCUUUGAGCAGGCAAAUCUAUCACUUAUUUCUGCCCUGACGGCUCUGUGCUGUAAAUCACUUUGUAUGAGAGCUACCCUAUGGCAGUAUAACUGUAUUACAGACAUUAAAGACAACUUAAAAGCCCCUCUGAGGAGUUUUAAUAGGUUAUAUAACAGUCUGAAAUGAACCCUGAUGUGUCUAUGUAUGAAAGCAAAUGAGACCAUUCAUGACAAUAUUGACAAUCUCUAUAAUGUGAAUUCUAACGCCUUUUUCUACAGUGAGGGAAGAAACAGCCUCAGUUAUUUCACCCACAGCUGAAUAUCCAAGAGAAGUCGCUUAUUUUCCUGUUUAAAGAAAACAGGAGGACAUGUUUGUCAAUUUACAUCAAUUUCACAGGGAAGAAACAAAUUCUCACAUUCAGACGAGGGAGUCGGCAAAUGUUUGAAACAUUUUUCCUUUUUUAUUCAAACAAGCUCUUUACACGCGAGGAGGUUUUGACAGUGACUCUUUCCACUCUGUUUGACCUUAGUUUGAAAGUACCAUUUAUGUUUUGAUUGUAGACAACUUAAGCAGUUUAUGUUUUUUAAAGAAAUAACAAACCGGUCAAGGCUGUGAAGGCAGUGAACAAUAAACAGAAAAAUUAAUAUUCCGUGGCUCGACUGAAGCCCGGCAGAAUAAACACAGUAUAUUGUGAUUUUCUUGUUUUCCUCUACGAUUGAAAGAAAAGCAUCCACAUUGUUCAUAGCAGGCUUGUCAGAUCCUUAUUUUUCCUCAGAUUUUCUGUCAUCUCUGUUUGAUGAAUAAUAAGAUGGCCUUCUUUUACGGAAACCAACAUGUGCUGGUGAUAUAUCCCUGUGUCAUGAAAGUAGUUAAUAUAAGAGCUACGAAGUAUAUUAUUUUACUUGCAGUUACUUUCUACACAUGUAAUAUCCAGUGUAUAGGGUGACCAUAUUCUGAAUCCCCAAAAACAAGGCUGUGACUACGUGGAGGUGGAGUCAUGGAGUUGCACGUAGUUAAUUUUGAGAGUUAUUCAGUUCAGGUCAAGUGUUUUUAUGCGCUUACAACAUAGUAAUUCCAUGUGACACAAACUCAAAACUUCGAUACAACCGCGGACAUUUGAAGGAUUUUCUAAACUCCCCCGGACAAAGCAGGACACCCCAGACAGCCCCCGAAAAGAGGACAUAUCUGGGUAAAAGAGGAUGUAUGGUCACCCUACCAGUAUAUGAUUUCAAACACAUCACGCCACGACUUUUUUGUGUCAUACAUCUGCGACAGUGUUGUUAUCAUGUCUGUGUACUUGUUUAUUGCUCUUAUGAUAACAUAACAUUAGUGCCCCAGUGUAUUGUUUUACACUGUAUUCUAAAAUGAAGAAAACAUGACAUAUGAACACACUAUAGGAGCCGUGCGCACACACACACACACACACACACACACACACACACACACAAAACUGUUCUGCCCUGCCUGCUCUGCCCAUUCACAGUGACCUUGUCCCGCGCUUGUUACAAACUCUGAGGUCAGCAUAGUGAUGGUAUCACUUGGUUCCUCCAUCAUGCCUCCUAGACAUCUACACACGUGGACAAAAUUGUUGGUACCCCUCAGUUAAAGAAGGAAAAACCCACAAUUCUCACUGAAAUCACUUGAAACCUACAAAAGUAACAAUAAAUAAAAAUUUAUAGAAAAUUAAAUAAUCAAAAUCAGCCAUUACUUUUGAAUUGUUGAUUAACAUAAUUAUUUAAAAAAAACAAACUAAUGAAAUAGGGCUGGACAAAAAUGAUGGUACCCAUAACUUAAUAUUUUGUCUCACAACCUUUUGAGGCAAUCACUGCAAUUAAACGAUUUCUGUAUUUGUCAAUGAGCGUUCUGCAGCUGUCAACAGGUAUUUUGGCCCACUCCUCAUGAGCAAACUGCUCCAGUUGUCUCAGGUUUGAUGGGUGUCUUCUCCAAAUGGCAUGUUUCAGCUCCUUCCACAGAUGUGCAAUGGGAUUCAGAUCUGGGCUCAUGGAAGGCCACUUUAGAAUAGUCCAACGCUUUUCUCUCAGCCAUUCUUGGGUGUUUUUGGCUGUGUGUUUUGGAUCGUUGUCCUGUUGUAAGACCCAUGACCUGCGACUGAGACCAAGCUUUCUGACACUAGGCAGCACAUUUCUCUCCAGAAUGCCUUGAUAGUCGUCAGAUUUCAUUUUACCUUGCACACAUUCAAGACACCCUGUGCCAGAUGCAGCAAAGCAGCCCCAAAACAUUGCUGAGCCUCCUCCAUGUUUCACCGUAGGGACAGUGUUCUUUUCUUCGUAUGCUUGGUUUUUGAGUCUAUGAACAUAGAGUUGAUGUACCUUACCAAAAAGCUCCAGUUUGGUCUCAUCUGUCCAAAGGACAUUCUCCCAGAAGCUUUGUGGCUUGUCAACAUGCAUUUUUGCAAAUUCCAGUCUCGCUUUUUUAUGAUUUUUUUCAGCAGUGGUGUCCUCCUUGGUCGUCUCCCAUGAAGUCCACUUUGGCUCAAACAACGACGAAUGGUGCGAUCUGACACUGAUGUACCUUGGCCUUGGAGUUCACCUUUAAUUUCUUUGGAGGUUGUCCUGGGCUCUUUGGAUACAAUUCGAACGAUCUGUCUCUUCAAUCUGUCAUCAAUUUUCCUCUUGCGGCCACGUCCAGGGAGGUUGGCUACUGUCCCGUGGGUCUUGAACUUCUGAAUAAUAUGAGCCACUGUUGUCACAGGAACUUCAAGCUGUUUAGAGAUGGUCUUAUAGCCUGCACCUUUAAGAUGUUUGUCUAUAAUUUUUUUUCGGAUGUCCUGGGACAAUUCUCUCCUUCGCUUUCUGUUGUCCAUGUUCAGUGUGGUACACACCUUUUCACCAAACAGCAGAGUGACUACUUGUCUCCCUUUAAAUAGGCAGACUGACUGAUUAUGAGUUUGGAAACACCUGUGAUGUCAAUUAAAGGACACACCUGAGUUAAUCAUGUCACUCUGGUCAAAUAGUUUUCAAUCUUUUAUAGAGGUACCAUCAUUUUUGUCCAGCCCUAUUUCAUUAGUUUGUUUUUUUUAAAUAAUUAUGUUAAUCAACAUUUCAAAUGUAAUGGCUGAUUUUGAUUAUUUAAUUUUCAAUAAAUUUUUAUUUAUUGUUACUUUUGUAGGUUUCAAGUGAUUUCAGUGAGAAUUGUGGGUUUUUCCUUCUUUAACUGAGGGGUACCAACAAUUUUGUCCACGUGUGUAUAGAGAAGGCGAGAUGCCACAGGGGAGUAAGUGUUGUUCAAAAAAUCGAUUUGUUGCUUUAGUUCUGAGACUGGAGUUAAAAAAAAAAAGAAGUAAACACAUUAGAACAACUGAAAUCACUUUAAAUCAAACUUCUCACAGUCAGAUGAACAUACCCUGAUAAUGCGGUUAGAGUGAUUUUCUCGGUCAUGUAAACGGUUUUAUCGAACUGAAACUGACCUGAGUGUUCUGCACAUGCUUCAAUAUUCGCUCGGCGGAUUUUGAGUUGGAAGUUGAGUAGCGUGGAUGCGAUGCCAGGAAGCGACAAACGAAGAAAAGACGUAAUAAAAAUAAAACUUUAUCAUACAAAUAAAAAAGGAGAGCUGUAAAGGGAUGUUUUUUAAUCAACUGAUUAAAUUGAUGGGCAUCCGAAAAAUGAUGCCGAUGAGGGCGUGUAAACUGGGAGGGAAACAGACGGAAAUCAGAUUAAAUCACCUGAUUGAGCUCUAACUGUAGCUGAGCUGUAAACCUACUGAAUGAAAACAGCAGAAACCAGCGGCACAUAUCUGUAAGAGCAGUGUUAUAAUAAAGUUCAUAUUCUCGAGGACGUUCAUACUUUAAGUGUCACAUCUCAGUCAGUGCAUUCACUGGAGGAAUUUACUGAAGGAUCUGUCUCUUUGUUUCUCUCUGAUUGCUGGUAGAGCAGGUGUCAGGUGCUUGAAGUUAUCAGACAUGAGAGUCAGAGAACAAUGACAGGUGACGUCAUACAGGAAAAUAGAAAAAAGGUCGAACUGGUUCACAUCUCAACCUCGCAGGCACUUAAAAACCACCUUGCAUUUAUCUUGUAUGAAUUCCUGUAUUUUGCAUCAUCCCAGGUAUUUUCAUGAUAUUUUGAAGACAUUGUCAAGGUUUCAACAACUUCUGAAAAGUACUUCGACAUUCCUACUUUUCUUAUUCCUGCAACUUUCUUUCACGAUUGGCACGAUUUGUCCACAUGACCAAACCCUGCCCAGAGGCGAACACUAAACUUAUCAGAGCCCCAGAUUUACAAUCUGGCCCUUGGAUAUCCAGUUUGUGCCUCAUGUGUUCGCAGCAUAUUUAGCUGUGAUUUUCGCCCGGGCUGCACAGCUGCACAUUAAGGCGGCAGUAAGGACAGCAAGCUUUGGGGAGUUAAAGCAGUUAGUCAGUUUAGAUGCAGCAGGACAGAGUGAAGCAGAUGUUUGCGGCCCGGCUACAUCUGCUGCAGUUGCUUCAGUCAGACAGACAGGCUGAGCUGUGCUCGACUAGAAAGGGGGGAAAAAAGCCGUGUGGAGGGCGAGGCUGUAGGAACGAGGGAGAGAAGUAACAAAAAAGAAAGAAAGAAACAACAGGGAAUGAAAUGACAGGGAGAUACUACGAAAAGGCUGAUGGAGUUGUAGAUGAAAGAUUUGCGAUGGAGGGGAAAGGAAAAAUAGAGGUGGAAGGAAAUCAUCUGUUGAGUAAAACAGGGAAGAGAAAUGGACUGUUCGGCGCUGAGGCAUGUUUUAAAGAUGGAUGGAUGACCAGACAGAUAGCGGUGCUGUCAGAGAGUAGAUGUGGGAAGUGAAGGGUGAAGGACGCAAGGACACUAAGAGAUACUGCUAACAGGUUGCAAAAUGCAAGUGAAAGAAAAACAUUUUGUUGCACUUUUUUAUUUUAAAUGAAAGAUUCAGAGAGAGCCGGGGGCGGCGUGUUGAUGCACGGAAAAGAAGCAUCGUGUAAAAGAUUGAUGAAGGAAUAGAUUGAUAGAUUUUUAGACAGUUGUGCAUUGACAGAGUUAAGCCAUCCCCAUUCAGAUAGGGUCUUCAAAAGGAAUAAGAGAAGACUGAUGAAAUUCAGCUGCAGCAGGGGAAAAUAGGAUGCCUUCUUCUGUAUCAGGAUGCGGGAAAAAGAGAGCGCGAAGAUUGAUGCAUAAGUGAAAAGAUAAGUCCAAGCAUGCUUCAAACUCCCCAGCUGAUAUGUCACAGUGGUUUAGCUUUUCCAGCCUCAUAUUUCCCCUCAGAAAAGAAGAAAGUGAAUAUUUUCUGAAAAGAUGACUUCCAUCAGAAUUUAAAUUCCCUCUCUGCUGUAAAUAAUAAAGAGCGAUAAAACGGAAAGGGAUGAUUGGCAGACUGAUAGCAAAGCAGGGUAACAGGAUUCUGAAUCGGCGGAUGGGGAUUUUCGUACACUCUGUUCUCAUUUGGAAUAACCUUGGAGAAGACACCACCCCUUGUUAUAAUUCAACAGAAGAGAAGGAUCUGAAGAGAGCCAUUCAAGUGUGUGUUCUGUGCCCACAAGAGGGAAUAAUGUAAAGUAGAAGUGUUGGCUCAAGCCUAAAUGUAUACGCUGGCCAAUCCCUACUUAAUCCUCUCCACAGCUCCGUCCCGAGCCCUGUGUCUGCUGUCAACUGCAGAGAAAUGUUGACUUAUCAUCUGUGACGUCAAGAGGGGGACAUUUUGAAGCCUGAUAUUUUGUGUGCUCCGCGCUAACAGAGCUUUUCAAAUCUAAAUAAGGCACUUGGGAUUUAGGAAAGCUGAAGUAGGUGCAGAGUGUGACAAACAUCCCCAGAGCUGCAUAAGAAAGCGGAGACACGUCAUUCUGUGUGACAUGGUUCUCCCUAAUGUCCUAAAUGCCACAAAUGCACCUAUUAGAGCAAGUGGAACAAGUCAAACUCUCUUACUUGUUGUGUUUUACACUGUUAAUUACCAUAAAGUCAUUUUGGGGUCUUUAGUAGGGCUGGGCGAUAAACCGAAAACUUAGCGAUAACGAAAUUUAUGACAAUAACCCAUGUCAUUUUGCCCCUGUCAAUAUAUACAGUGUCAAAAAAAUAGAUAUAUAAAAGUUGGUUUUGGAUGUGUGAAGGUAGACAAUGGUACCAUGUCCCUUUAAGACGCUGUCCUACGUCUGAGACGUGACUCCAGCCCAUCCAGUCCGUAACAAAGAGGGAAAGACAGGUGAGGAGAUGGAGGACGGUUCAGAAGUUGUAGCGGCAGGAGUGGCGGUGGAAGUAGACGCAGUUAAGCUUGUGGAGUAGUUAUCGUCCAUUUAUCGUUAUCGAGGUGAACUGCGCAAUAUAUUGUGAUAUUGAUUUGAGGCAUUAUCACCCAGUCCUUGUCCUCGGCUUCCAUAUUUAGGGAUUAUAUUCAAUACAGAUUUAUUUAAGGAUUGGGUUUGAAUGUCAUUUAAAACUUUACUCAGUAGGGCGCCGGUCUUGGCUCAGUUGGUAGUCUGGACACCCUGUUUGCAGAGGCCUCAUGCUCUUCCCAUGUCACAUGAUUGAUUCCCAGUCCCGACAGAGUUUAGUGCAUCUCAUUUCCCCUCCAUCUCCACACACUUCCCGUCUCUCAAGCUGUUGUAUGAAACUAUGGCAAAAGGCCCAAAAAUAUCCUUUAAAUAUGUGCCAAUAAGAAUUUUUUGGUCAAUUAUGUUUGACAAGUAUUCUUAAAUUCAACAAGCUCAGUGUUUUAUCAUAAUAAUAUCAUACAAAGGGCUUUCCGGGGGGCGUGUUAGUUGAUUGAUUUAAUGAAACUCGCAGUUUGUCUGUAUUUAGUAGAUCUUUAUCUAUUUGAUGGAUGGAGAUCAACUUUACUCUGACAUAUUCUGCAAAUAUUCAUGCUGAUAAAUGUGCUUCAUUCAAAAGUUUGGGACUCAGGCACAUUCACAUGUAAACAGACACAACAUUUACAGAAUGGGACACUAAGAAGAGUUUUUGGGUGCUGGUUUGGAUCAACUAGCACUCCUGGUAACUGGUUCAACUUGGAAAAGGUGUCUUGAUAAACUUUUAGGUCACUAAUUAAAAAUGGUUUUUUUCAACUAUAUAUAAUGUCUUGUCAAUUCUGAGUCCUGACCCAGUCCAUUUUAUUUUUGUUGAUAAAAAUAACUAAAGUAAACAAAUUAACUUUGUCAAAUUAACUUCAUUAACUUCAGUCCAGCUAGCGUUGUUGUAGUUGUUGGGGGGGGGGAUAGCUAGAGAAGAGGCAGAUAAAUGACUCCUCCAUGGUAAUGUCUGGCUGCUUUAUGGGGUGUCCUGUCUGUGAGUGAUAGCCUUGCUCUCGUUAUCUGUCGAUUGGGGUAAUUGCUGUUUGUCGGAGGCUGGCUGACUGAUGGUGAUGCAAUCUACCGGGUGUUGGAGGUGAAAGGAGGGGGGAGGCAUCACUCUCAUUACUCUCCACAAGUGUCUUUACUGGGAGGCAUGCUGGGAGUGUAAAAACCUAUUCAAAUCAUGUUUGGAUGUGCCUGAAUGUAAAUGUGAUUGUGCUGGCUAUAGUCUUGUAGUGUAUGUAAUGAGCCCAGGCGCUCAUCCACACGUGUGUUAUAUGAGUUGAGUUCCAAUUUAUGCAAAGGUGAGUGUGUGUAUGCAGACGCCAACUUUAUUUGAGCAUGCGUGAAAGUCGGCGGUGUUUGCAUAAAUGUUUAAGAAGCAUUAGCCAUAAUUCAUUGGUGCCUAAUGGGUUGUGAUUGCUCAAUCUCUGCGCUGCAGACCUCUGGUGCCGGAGAAUGUGAUUGUGCAUAUCAAUUCAGGGUCCCCAGUCACCCGUACUGUUUCUGCUCCAAUAAAAGAGACCAAAAUUCUGUAGCACCCAAGUGACCACAAAUUACUACGCUAAUGAAUGCUCAGCAUUACUGGUCACACGCCAAUUAAUGGCGGAAAACAAAGAAUAUGACAAAUAAAUUCGCUAGCUGAAUUUGUCAGCGAGUGGCAAUUUGGACGGCGCUUGGUGUUUCCAUUUUUGCCAGCUGCCAGAGCGGUGGGAAUCAGCCUGACUGACUGACUGACUGACUGCUGACUGACGGUGCGUUUUGCAGAAUGGAGGACGGAUGAUUCAUAGCGGCUCUCUGCGCUACUUGAGAAUCAUUCCAUCUGUGGCGCAGGACAGGCCAUCUUGUCACAGGCACAUCAUUCAUUGUUUGUCCCCCUUAUGCGUCCCUUUUGGCCCCCGCUCUCUCUCUCCCCAUCCUCCUAUCUUUCCCAAAGGAGCUUUAUAAAGAUGACCCUCCAGCCCUCCAAAGCUGGGCCCGACCAACAUGGCAGACCUCCGCCGCUUCCUCCGCCACAUCUGCCCUCUUUUCUCCCCCCCUCUGCCCCACCCCUCUCUUCCUCUGCUGCAGCCUGCCAUCGCCACUCGCCUUGCGUUUGAUUUAAUACCAGCCUAAGUGUGAAUAAAUUCCUGUCACAGCCCAUUAAGGAGGCCUUGGAGAGAUCUGGCCCUGUUAUUAAUUCUCCACAGCUCCUCUCUCUUUCUCUCCCCUCUUUUAGUUACUAUCUCUCUCACUCUGCCACUGCUGCUGCUCACUGCCGUACCCCCCUCACCCACCUCGUCUUCCUCCUCCUCCUCCUCCCCUCACCGCUCUCUGACUUGCUUUUUUAAUACCCCGUUAAUUACCACGUCUGUCCUCUUUAUUCAAAUGAGAACGGGAGAAAUUAAAGGUAGGGCUGUUUGUAAUUUCAAACAGAGAAGCCACAUUCACUGUCUGGCUUUUCUCUCCUCUCCAGACCUGGGCUUGACUCGCCCUGCCUGGCUGUGCGUGUUUAAUGAAUUCCAGCUGCACCAGCGGUUAGUUUUAUCUGAAGAGCAGGCAGGGAGUCCGAGGAGGCCUGGUGAUAAACAAACCGAGCCUCCUCCCUGCAAUAGGAGUGGGACAGAGGGAUGCAGCUUGGUUGGCAGAUGCUCUCCCUCCAUCUUUUUUUCCGUCUUUACUCCCCGAUUCCCUCACCUCCCUCUGUCUUCCCUCUCACAGUUUCCACUCCCACAGACCCACCUGCUGUGCCGCUCCCAUCCACAUCACAACUUUCUCCCUUCAGUCCUCCUUUCCCAUCCUCCGCUGCUAUGUUCAGGCUCCAGCAUUAGUAGGCAGACCACAGCAGGUGGCCGUACCUCUGUCUUAUUAGCAGCCUCAUAUGUGGCCCAUUAGAGGCUCUCUGUAUGCCGAGGGCUUUUUAAUUGUUUUGCAGGGGUCAGCAGGGCAGUGUAGUCGCAGAGCUCUCACAGAGAAGGAAUCAGAGCCUUUUCCGGGGGAGGGCCGGGUGCGUAGUGGAUACGUGUUUUGCUGGUAUUUUGUUGUAUUCAGUGUCAAGUGCAACCCCAAUUAUUUCUGCUUUGUGUUCCACUGUUUAAGAGCUGUGUAAGCAAUUAGAGGUGCAGAUGUUUUUUACACAAUUGUCUGGCUGUGGUGCUUUACUCAGGACUAUUGUCUUGAUAUAAAAGGUGUGAUGUUGCCUGGAGACCUUUACCGGGCUGCAUUAUGCAAAUUGUUUACCAGAUUUGGUGCUGAUAGGUCGCUUGCGUAACCCUUUGUUUUGUUGUGAUGCUUUUCCUUUUUUUUUUUCCUUUUGAAGCAAGAACGGAUAAAAACACCAAGCAAAGUCCAAGUUUAUUACAAUCAGAAGAGGUUUUCUUUUUAAUCAAGGUCUGGAGCACUUUAAGGUCACCAGGCAUCCAUCAAGGGCAGAAACAAAAAAGCCAGUUUCACAGGGAUAACGAAGAAUAAGCCGCCCUGCACUUUUCUAAGGAGUUCUUCCCUUUUCCAAGGCUAAACUCCUUUCCAAAUUGUACAUUUUCAAAAGGCUUCAAGGUCUUUUAUUCACUAAUGCGUGUUAUAUUUUGGAUGAUCGUAAUCACAUUUGGUGUGAAGGCAAAAAUGUCAAACGCUCUCUUCUGAGAUAUGUGGAGUUUCUGCUUUUCUUAGUCACCUCUGAUGGUAAACUGAAUAACCUUGGGUUUGGAGCUGUUGGUUGCACAGUACUUAGACUUUAAAUGUGUGCCCUCAGGUGAAAGGUGGAAGCUUUUUGAUUUUAAGUUUUCCAUUUUUCAACAUUUUACAGAUGAAAGAGUCAAUCCAGAAAAUCAGGGACUCCUUUAGCGAUAAGGAGAAAGACCACCAGUUGAAGUCCCUGGAAUAAGGAUGAUUGGCAAGGCUGAUAAUAUCGUCCAAUAUUCAGCAUUUUUACAAUAAUCGGCUUUUUUUUCAAUCGAUAGCUGAUAAAAUAUGUUUAUUUUAAAACGCAUUUCCGAAUUUACAACGCAUCCAGAAUAGCUUAGAUCCAUAACGGUGGAGAUUUUAUGCCCAUUCCUACUGGAUCCAUUUGUGAGGCGAAUUUUGUGCCGGACAGCAGGAAUCGCGAGAACUCACAAGAACCCGCGGAUUCACAUGCUAUCGCGCAAUAUCAAGUUGUCUUCAGCCACAUAGGCUAACCAUACAAGCAGUAGAUUGUGUCCUCCCAGAGGAGGAAAUCUACUUCUAGACUUCUUUUUAUCUGGCAUGCUCUGGUGUCCGGAAAAAAAAGAACUCCUGCGAUCAGCUGUGGAGUCCGCCGAUCCGCAGUGGAACAGAAAGAAGCUGGUAGAAACUGACACAUUAACUUGAACGGUUACGAUCAGCUACGAUCGGCGAAUACGGCCUUUUCGUUACCUUUCCGGAUGUGGUGAAAACUGCCAGUGAAGUCACUUCUCUUGACUGUGUAACAAUGUCGCAUCUACAGUCCCCACUGAUUGGCUACAUAGACAGCCAAUCAAUACUCAAGCUUCUAGGUACAGCUCCACAGUGAGGGAGAGAGAGCAGCAGUCUCUGUGAAGCAUACGGAGCUAGCACGCACUACUUCUGGUUCUUUUCUCAUUUCAAAAUAAAAGCAAGUGUUUCAAAAUAAGGCCGAAAUAUACAUUUUUACUGCAAAUGAAUAUAUCGCUUCUAAAUAUUGAUUGUCGGUCUCCUUUUAAUAGUCGGUGUCUGUAUCGGCCCUGAAAAAACCAUAUCUGUCGAUCCUCAUCCUGGAAUAUACGCUUUUGCACGAGAACACUGUAACACUCAUGACAAAAGAAAACAAUUACGAUUAUAAUAUACGACCUUAGAAGGAUCUGUAUAUCAGAGGGAAUUAGAGUUCAGCCAUAAAGCUACAAUAACAUAGGGUUUACAUUGAGGUGAAAGUGAUAGCACAUUCAUAGCUGAAGAAGUGGGGGUCUUGUUAAGCCAGAAAAAUAUAAGUCUCCUCGCUUCUUUCCUCAAUACAGUGUCCAAGUUUCUUAAGUGGACGUCAGAGUCUCUGGCUUUCCUCCAAGUCCUCUCCUGUCCUCCACUGCUGCGGUGUCAGGCAGAGUUACAUGCUCACCAUUAAACUCUGCGUGGCUCCAAGCCAAAGGAUUGUUUUCAUCUAAAUGUCUCCUGUUGAGUUUAUACUGGAAGGAAAUAUUGUUAUGAGAACAUUUAAUGAAUCCCACCCAUGGAUUCCCAGGAAACUUAACCUUGAAUUUAAGAAACAGGUCAGAAACCGUGUGAUCCGCAUACAUACAUCCAACCAGUGCUGUCUGAGUAUCAACCUUUAGGAGCACAUUGUUGCUGAACUGACAUGACAAUACAGAUAUUUGACUAUUUGUAAAUACUAUUUGUGUGAUAAUAUGUGACCUUUUAAUCUCAUACAUUUGUGAUAUUAGCCUGAGAACUGGACAAAUCUGCCCUCAUGUUUUAUUUGCUCUGGCAGAUGCAUCUGGUCCCCUCUUGUCCAGACAAAUUUGCAUUUGACCUGAUUGCGGUCGGGCCAAUCAUAACUGUUUAUCUUAUUUGGGAGGGUUUGAUAUGAUGAAUGACUGUCUCACUGUUUAAUCAUUGUUGGCAUGUAACCAAGAGGGCUGCCGCUGAUGUGAGCAAGAAUGCGCAUUGUGUGAGUUUUGAACAGCUGAAAGGAAACUCGUAUGAAGUAGAAAGAAAGUGUUCACUGAGAAAGAGAUUUAAUGCAAAAUAUUUCUGUUUUGUUUUUGAUUAGAAGCUGGUUUGAUCUCGGUUUGAACUGGUUAAUUUGUAAAUACUGGAUUACUCGUUCAUAAAGUUAUUCAAUCACUCAAGCUAGCCCUAGCUUAGAUACAACACAUAACUGACAUUUUAGGCCAACAUCGAACUCUGGGGGUAUCAAGGGUGUAGGGCUGCAACUAACGACAAUUUUAAUAGUCGACAAGUCACUGACUAUUGAAAGGAUUAGUCGACUAAUCGGAUAAUAUCUUACCGAGGCGAGUCUAACUGCUCCGCCGGCCUUUUCCUCAAAUGUUCAUGCAUCACUGACAUGCAGCUAUGAUACACUGUUUUGCACACCUUGCAAGUUAUUUUUAACUAUUUUUUGCCUUAUUUUGGCUAAAGUGUUCCCAAACUUUGGAGGUUUUUAAGUGAUACGUUUUUUAAGUACUCGUAGCUGCUGUAUGGGACGUGGGAGCCGCCAUGUUUGAAUACCCUACUGCAUUGCGGAGACACUUUUGCACAUGUGUGACUCUAGACAGAGAUCGUAAGGAAGAAAAGAUGCCUCACUACACUGAAAAAAAAACAUAUGUGGUGACAAUAGUCGACAAUCAUUAUCAAUUUUUGUCAACAAUGUCAACAAAUCGUUGCAGGCCCACAAGGCUGCCAAAAAAAUGACAUCGGCUGGUUUAGAUACAAAAAAAAAUGACAAAUUCAAUUCUAACUGUCUCCACACACCAAGUACGAGUAAAAUCAUUCGCACGACUAAAUUACAUGUUAAGUCAAUGCAAAGACGUGAUUAGACGCUCGUAUUACUCUGGCAGCGCGAAUGAUGCGAAUUGGGUGGGAGCUGAAAAAGUCUCAACUCGAGCAGAUAUUCGUGUCACAAUAACCAAUCAGCAAGAAGGUUGCCAGGAUGUAUGAAAACAGACGGUUGUUUACUGGUAUCUAAAAUGGAGGACAACCUGAUCUAUCGGUGUGUGGGUAUGAUACCUUCUUUUUCAAUUAACGAAACCGGAAUAAAAAGGAGCUCACCUCGAGGCAAGUGAGUGAGGAGGUUGGAGGUCUAUCACUUGAUUCCACUGAAUAAAGCGAGUAAAUACUUUCCAUUCAAGUGUCUAGAUUCACGCGAAUUAAGUGAGUAGAUGAUUCUACUCGCACUUGGUGUGAGCGCCCCAUAAGACAAAUUAAAAAUGGUGUACAAAAGUAAAAACAAGUUCAAAUGUUAAAUUUGUACAACACUUAGCAAGAGAAGCAACUUUGUGACUUAACUAAAAGUUGCUGAAAGAUCUGAGAGAACAGGUAACCAGAAGAUACUGCAGUCUAUGUUUGGCAGCAUCUCAAGGAGAGUUUCAAUAAUCCAGAUACUUUGGAGUGGGAAACAGCACUUUGCAGACUGAUCUCAAGACUUUGAGAACAGGCAGUUGAAAACAAACAAACUCUGUGUGCUGUGUCGUGGUUUUAAACGACCCGAUGAGAUUUAUUUGUUCACAGAUUUAGAUGUGGUCAGGAGUUUGUUGUCAGGAGCGGAUUGAGGAUCUGUGCUUGGACUGCUGGAGGGCAGGUUACAUCACCUGAAAGCCUGCUUCUUACUGUGCCAUCACUUCUCCUUCUUCCCUUUUCAUUCAGUAUAACAAAGCUGCUCACUCAGAUGUCAGCAGUGAUGUUUACACUUAAACAUGAGAAACUCUUUUGUGUAAACAUGAAGGGUCUAUUUGCAGCACAAGUAACGCUCGCGCUCCUCUCGACCUAAACUCUUCCCUGCACUCAAUAAACAACACCCCCUGUGAGUGAUGUGGAGGCUUCAAAUUGGAAUUACCUCUCUUUUAUCUGUCUACAAAUCUGCCGGCCUGUCUCUUUUUUUCCAUUGCCUUCACUCUUAAAACGAUAGAGGUAAUUAGAUCCAGUAUUACUUUGUUGGAGUGCUGCCAUAGGGGAGCUGAUAUUAAGUAUGUGUGAGUGAUUGUACCAAUUUAACACUUCGCUGCGUCACAAGAUGUUUUUGACGUGCGGAGAGCUGUUGUUGACACCUGAAGAAUAUUUGAAUCAAAGCGUCUUUUUCAACCCGGUAGGAACUCUCGGCCGCCCAAUAAAAAACCCUUGAAGUCUCAUGUUUGCGCGGAGUGUGCGAGGAGGUGUUCGGGCUGGCCUCAGAUGAUUUAAGCUCCUGACAGACAUCUGAGGGAGAUGAAAGAGGGAUGUCCCGUCUGCGCCGAGAUUGAGGCGGCGGGAUAUGAUUCUGAAAAAGCCGGAUUCAAGUCAAAGCUCCAAUCAAAGACACAAGCACUCCCACAUCAUUUGAAGUACUUUUUUUACGGUAGUGUUUUCAAUUUGUUUUCGUUUCAAUCCGGAUAAAUUUUAUCAAAAGGCUUCAGGUUUUUUUCCUUUUUGUCAUGAUUAAGAUUGUUAGAAAAAUGAAGAAGGGGAUGAUAUACAGCAAAGGUCAAAGGUUGGAAGCCAGCCCAGGCCUUAGAGGUGAUGACUCAACCUCUGUACAUGGGUGCACGCUCCACCAGGUGAGCUACCAAGGUGACCCAACUGUAACACAAGUCUCCUUUCUUUUCCUUUUUCUAAUUUGUUCCCCUCCAUUAUCUCAAACGGUGCACUUGUCAAUUGCAGUUAGGGAUGAUCCAUUUCUCUCAUUAUCUGUGUCCCUCCUUUAGCUCUGAUUCUAACUUUUCCUCUGGUCUUUUUUUCUUGAUUUAAGUUUCAAGGGUACCUUUUAGUAAAAGUAACUUUUGUAAUAUCAAUAUCUGUCUUAGGAGAUCUUACAGUAAAAGGUGGAACCUGUGGGUUUGUCGCCUUAAUGGUUAUUGACAAAUGGCCUAUUAGCAGGCUUUGUUGCGUGCAGGAAAAGUGGUCUAUGUGGGGAGCAACAGCAGGUGGGAUGCCAUAAUGUCUGAGCAGUCUGCAGUAACCUGAUGACAAGUUAUUUAUCUAUCAACAGAUAUGAAGUGCAACUGUUAUUGUGAGUAGGGGUGUCCCAAUACAAUUUUUUUACUUCCGAUAUGAUACCGAUAUUGCAGCCUUCAGUAUCGGUCGAUACCAAUAUUGAUCCAGCUACAAUGUCUUUUUUGGACUUAAACGAAAAAUACUGCCACACAGCUGACAUCACUCCUACUCCUUGCUAUUUAGUUUGUCCUUUAGUACACACUGUUGUUGUGAUCUGGAUCUGGGUGCUGCUAGGUGCCAGAGUGGAGUCUGGAAUGGACUGCUUGUAUCAGAGAUUUUAGAUGCAGGCCAACAUAAUCCGAUAUUUGUUUUUUGGCUGAUAUCAAACGAUAUCUGAUAUCAAUAUCGUAUUUGGAAAGACCUAAUUGUGAGUAAAAAGAUAAUUUGAAGAUAUUUAGUCAUCAGGUUUUUUGUUUGGUGUCUCAUUUAUUGGUGUUUUUUGGCCUCAAAAGUUCCAGUUUGUUUUUUUUUACCUGUAAAAGACGACUUUGCCCGCAGGUUUGCAUCAGCGUGUUUGUAUGGAGUGCAGAUUUAAAAACCGUAAUGGUUGCAGAAACUGCAGCUAAUCUGCAGUUUUAUGCAGAUGAACUCUCCUGCUCUCCUGAACUUGGUUUGAACUUAUAUUUGUGUACAACAGCUUCUAGGAAAAACACCGUGUUUGCUGCUACUGCAGUAAAUUAGACAUCUUUAGUUCACAUAUGUUCAAAGCCAACUCCGCUGUCUUCCCUGGAUUUUCCUCUGAUGUGCACUUGGAUGUUGCUUGAGUCACUUGCAUGGCUGCCCAUCAUCAGAUCCAAAGCUACAUCUCUCCCACCUUCCUGCUCCUCAUUUAUUAUCACUGGGAACCAAAUCACAAAGGGAAGGGCAAUCGAUGGGGCUACCUGGCAGAGACUCAAGUGCUUAGCAGGGAGCGAGGGGGCGCCUAGCCUCAGAUACCUCUAAAAGGCUAAAUCGAUUGCAACCGUUCUGCAAGAGUCGGCUGACACAGCAGGCUUUCCACCUCAGUGCUGAGGACGUAUUGAAAGAACCCUGGUGGUAGGUGUAUGCGAGGAUGACAACACGGCUAUUGUAUUUCUGCCACCCCUGGAAGAGAAGGCUUUUAUCUGCCUUCAAAAUCCCUUUAAGGGCUUCAUUCCCCCGGGAAAGCCUGUGCCAAACACAGAGCACGCCAGCACUUAAACCUUCCCGUUGAGAAAAAGCCAUAAAGUUUAUAAAGUCAAUUAAGGCUUUUUUAACUGAUGUCGAGCAAAUUAAAGCCUCUUGGCCUGACUCCCUGUGGGUAUACUGUCAGAUGGUAAACCAGGGCCCACUUAACGUCACAGGGUUCCCCAGGCAGGGCACAGAGCGGUAAGCAGCUUACUUACCCCCAACUCAUUUGUGCUUUUUACCACACUCCUCGGAGAGCGAAGUCUGUUUUCCUUCGACUGACAUUUCACUUUGGCGGAACAGUUUUAGCCCACAGGCACUCACGUCCUGCUGGAGUUCACUCAUGGGACACUCACCGUUAACUUGAGCCCCAUCAAAGUUAUGCCAAUCAAUAAGAAUUAACUAGAAGUAUACUGAUUUAGAUGAUUACGCUGUUGCAACACCUUGGACAGUCAUAAUAUUAAGAUUUGCUGAAAUGUUAGCCUCCAGGAUUUGAACAUGCUAGAGCUGUAAUCAUUCAAAGAAAUUCUUGGUCGACUAAAACCCUGAAGUUUUGACCCUUCCAUGGCGGGAGAUGACACGGCCCGGCGUGGUGAAAAUAUACUGAUAUCAGCACAAGAAGGCAGUUAAACAAAAAAGCCAAGUUGAAACUCUAAAAAUAAAAAUAAAUAUUUACCAAACGUGUGAAUGUGAACGCUCUUCAAUCCUGUCUCCAACCGGUCUCCAGUGGGUUGGGCGAAUCCAAAAUGGUGAAAACAAGGGGGUGCUGUUCUGAGACAGGCUGUUACCUGUGAAACAGGGGUGCUCGGAAAACACCCCCAUUAGCACUUGGUACGUUCUUCCUGAUGAGAUAAACCAUAGACUGUAAAUUGAUGUGGGAUAAAACCAAGUCGACCAAUCAGAAUUUUGGUCUACUCAGCACGCACCGACCCAAAAGUCAACCAGUCGACUAGGACUUUACAGCACUCGAACAUGCUUGAUCAAAAUCAGUCAGAAAUAUGUAAUGAACUUAUAUUUCCUUUAUUCUCCUUUGUUUAAUCUGUUCAUUGAAACAUGUGGCAUCUAAUGGUUGUGAGGAUUUAUCAAGAAUACCACCAAGAUAUUGAUGCAUGUCAAGUAACUUUCUGCAGAUACUCAACCAAUCAGAAAACUUCACCUCUGCAAGCCCCCAUUUCCUCUUUUUUUUCUGCAUGGUGAAACCCCUGAAAUAGAAACUUUAAUGAGGAAUAUUAUAAUAGCCUGCUACUUAAUGUCGAGUCUGGUCCCUGCUCUGCGAAGGUUUCUACGAGUUCUUCGAAAAGCCCCAGGUCUCUUGAGGUAGAAACACGGCUUUUCUUCGGAUGCUUGUUCGGGGCCUGAAGGGGCUUCGUGUGUUUUGUGUUGAGGCUGACGGAUCCCAGUGUUGAACUCAAAUUUUAAAAACCUCGUUCGAGAUCUGAGCGGGCAACACGCUCAGCUCAUUAUUUUUAAGUAGUCAGCUAGUCUGUCUGUCUGUCUGUCAUCCCACUUUGCCAAACUGUGCCACAUCGUAGUCAGGGUCUUGUGUUCCCCUGAGCGUCAGCGUUGUUUCAGUCUGUGCAUUUGCUCCGAUAUAUGCAUUGCAUUUGAAAUGACUCGCAAUCAAUAUUUCAGUCCUGGUGCAGAUCAGUGAAUUGAAUGAACAGCGAUACAUUAAUUUCAGAGGUUAUUUAGUAUGGCUUCUCUCAGUUCUUUCUGCAGACAUGCUCAUUAAUAAAAAUGUCAGCCCCUUGAGUUUGGUUUGUCCUAAUUCUUCCGCCUAAUAGGGAGCUGCAUUUCCUUGAGGACUUGUUUCAUUUCUGCAUAAUUUAAAGGAUCGCUGCUUUCUUUGAAAAGCACCUUUCCACAUAGCUGAGGCUGCUCUCCAAAUUUUUGUCACACUUACAAAGCAUAGAAUUUAAUUAAAUUUGACUUGCAUUUCUGCCAAGACAAUCCAUCUCACUGUCUGAGGACUGCAAGGGAGUAGGACUCAGCCUCCGUAAACCAUGUGUUCAUGUUGAUUUCAGCAUUUUAUAACAGAGAGGAGUGGAUGGUUUUUACCUGCCCUAUGUUUCCCACUGAUGAUUAUGAAAGUGUGUUAAAGAAAUGAAACCACAUCUCUAUUUUUGCUACCCCAGAGGUGUAAUUUAAUACGAUUUCAUGCUGUAUGUGCAGUUACUUCCCAAGAGACAUACAAUACAAAAAGACCCGUGAUGUGCACUUUUCAUACUAUGAUUAAAAAAUAUGACUUAGGAAAAUACAUUUACAGAUAUGUAAAUGUAUGAAAUGCAUUCUCUGAACUAACCCUGUUCCGAGGAGGAACAACUGUAGCUGCUUCUUCUGUGGGACUGAGAUACUUCCACAUGAGAUGAUAAGUUAGAAUGACUGUGAAGCAGUGGGCAUAUAUUGUCAGUCUGUAUCAGCACCAAUUAUUCAUAUUUUGACAAAAAUUAAUCCUGCGUCUUUGGGAUAUUUGGUAUUUCUUAGUUAAUGAGAUAUAUCAAUGUAUUUUGUAUCGUUAGAUGAUUAUUUCCAACUGAUCAAUUACUGUAUUACAAAAUCCCUGUACCUUCCUGUGGUAUAAUUACUACUCUUGGCAGUAUCGUAUCGUCUUGUAUUGUAUCGUCUUGUAUCGUAACGUAUUGUAUCGUAUCGUAUCGUAUCGGAACAUAACAUAACAUAUCGUAUUGUAUCGUAUCGUAAUAAAUUGUAGACUAGAUUCUCAGCCCAGUGUCAUAGAAUUGCAGUGGAACCAUUGUAACUCCUGCUCCAUCUCUUCCUCUUCCUUUCCCUGUUUUAUAUUUUUUUGUUCCUCUUCUUUUCUCUUCCUCCCGUCUUGUUUCCUCUCCUCUUUGUCUUCCAUCCCUUCUUCUUCACCUUUUACCCUCUGUAUUUUCUUCCCCUUCUUCUCACUUUCCUCUUCCUCCUCUUCUUUGUCUUUCUACCGCUUGUCUUCCUCCUAUAUUUUUCCUCCCCUCAUCCUUUUACUCUUUCUUUCCUCUUCUUUUCCCCCUGCUCCAUACCUUCCCUCCUUUAUCCCAUAUCUACCCUGUCUACCUCCUCUAUCUUUUCUCCUCUCUCUUUUUCUCCUCAUCUCCUUUUCCCUCUCCUCUCUUCUCCUCUUCCCUCCUUCUUCUUCUUCCUCUCCCUAAUCCCUUCUCCUCACUCUCAGACACUUACACUUGUAAUUCCCCACCAGAUCCGUCGGAGUCAAAGCUGAGUUUUGAGUCGCCAGCGACAGGGCGGAUUAGCGGAGGAAUUCUGAGUGAAGGCAUGUUUUUGCUCUACUUCCUCUCUAUUUCUCCUCCCUCCCCGUGUGUGUUUUUUUAUAAUCCAACUUGCAUCCUCCUCGCCACUAUCUUAAGGCACUACGAGAAGAAGAAACGACAACGCUCCAGAUGCCAGUGGAGAAUGUGCUGCUUAUGUUUUAAUUGUAGAUGACAUGGAUUAAACAACCCAAAAGCAGAUGAAUACAUCGUCUUAUUCAUAUAACACAAUCACAAGAUGAUUUUCUAUAAUUUCUCAUGGAUCAGAACAUCCUGAGUUGGCUGUAAUGGGGAGAGAAUUCAACAGAGUUAAUAGAUAAAGAGAUACAAUUCACUUUUGACGGCCCACAUUUGUGAUGUGUGAUUUACACAUUAGGAUGUUGUGCAGCAACAAUCUACAACAACUAGCCUGUGAUAUGAAUAUUGAAUAGUUACUUUGGGGGGUUAUAUGUUCCAGGAUUGUAAAUGUCUUUGGGUGGUCCGAGAUGGUGCAUCUCAACAUGACACUCAGAGAUGCUGUAGUGAGAGCUCUUCCUGUGUCAAAGUUUCAGCCGAGCAGAAUUUUAAUGAAGCGAUUUCGAUGAAAUAUUCAGCUUUCCGCUUCUGUCUUUCACCCUGUUACUGAGGACAGUUUCUUUGAUCUGAUUUGGACGAGUGGAGGAGCGAGGGAGGGAGCAUGUUGAAGGCAGAGAGGGAGAAGCGGAGAGGGAUGGCGAAACAGCCCUUCAUCCAUGUCAUUUAAACAAGAUGUCAACUGUCCUGUUAGCGAGGAGCUCUUCGGCCCUUUUCUUUUUUUUUUUUUUUUUUUCAUGUGGUUCUGUAUUUUAAAGCUCGGUCUAAUGAUGGAGCAGCUGUCCUCCGCUACUCAACCCAUCUCCAUAAAAUCUUUAUAUCUGUAUCGCUGAGAUUCAAACCGAUGGGGCUUCUUUUUGAAAUGGAUGGUGAAUAUCGCUUCAGAUACUAUGAAGAUGAAAAGCUGCAGAUUUUCAUGAGUUCUGCACCUGAACAUGGGACUCUGGGGAUUUACUGGACCCUUUUCUUUCUUUCAAGGACAUUGUGGACCAAGGAGGAAGAAAGUUUUACAUUUACAUUAAAACCCCCAAGUGCAACAUUUCCUGAAAAAAAAGUUGUCAAAAACAGUUGAAUGAUACAGCAAAAAUUACACUUAGUGACUUCUUCUGUUUGACCAAUAUCAGUUUAUUUAAAGUGACCUAUUAGGGAAAUUAACUAUUUACUUUAACAUACAAGUAUCUGUCGCAUUUAAAAAACACUGAAUUAUGAUUUUAAUUUUUCUAAAUGUUUUCUGAAAUACUACUGAUAGCAAAACAUGCCAAAAAAAAGUAAAAAUCAACACUUUCAAACUAUUUAGUUUAUCCAACCAACAGUGAACACCCAGAGACUUUUUAACGUCAGAAAUAUACAGUUUCAGAUUAUUUGGAUUUAAGCUUCUAUAAGGAACUUCUUAUUUGUUUAAAUUAAGGGCCAAACAGGUUUGUCUUAUUUGUCCUCUACAUGCUUAGGUAAUGAAUUUUGAUUGAAAUCUGAACUGGGCGACUUUUGACGGUCAUUUUUAGUAUUUGUUGUAAAUAUUUUUUCUAAUUUUAUAUUAUUUAGUAUAUUAUUUAGUAUAUUAUUUUAUUUUAAAUAUUAUUUUUUAUUUUUAUAUUAUUUGAAAAAUAAUAAUUAUCAAUAUGGUAAAUAUUUUCAUAUAUAGUUUUAAAAUUAAGAUAUAAAAUCAUUUGUAUUGUUGCUGUUGGUCUUUUUUGCUUUAUGAUACCAUGAAAAGGCAUCGGUAUGAAUUUCAGUCUAUUUCUUAACUGUCAAAAAUCCCUUAUAGGAGCUUUAAUCAAUUGAUGAUUGCAUCUCUAACCUUGAGGUUUUUACUCAGUGAAAACAAGGUGAUGUUUAACAUUUUAUCUAUAGUUGAAAAGAGAAUCAGAAAUAGUUCAAUGUUUUAGCAAUAACCUUUCAACCAUCUCUAUAGAUUCAAUAAAAGCUUAAUUAAAACUUUAUUUAUUUCCUGACUGGAUUCAUAAACUUGGUAAUCUGAACAAAUUUAGGUCAAAAUGGAGUGUGACUCCUUACCUCACUUUUCCUAAAAAACUUGGAUUAAAAAAAGGAAAAACUGCUCUGACUGGAAAUGAGUCAGAUGUUCCUUCACAGACAGCUCCUCUGACACAUCCAUCAAGCUUAGCUAAACUCACAGGGAUGGGAAUUGGAUUUUUCUCUUUAGACUUUCCCCUCUGCCCAAAUGUUUAAUCUCUCGAGAUGAAAGGUUCCCAAAACUCUGCCUCAUAGACAAACCGCUCAUGAUUUGUGACUUCUGUUUAUCAAUCACUCCUGGUUUACUUUUGUGUCUUUGAGAGAAGCUCUCACCCUGACGUGACCUUUGCUUUGCUUGAGAGCGCUGCAAGUGCACCUGAAGCUCUUCGUGUGCAGGUACACAAAUACAUAUUCAGCAUAUUAUAUAUUAUACAUACCAACUCCAACAAUAAAUUUCCUGAAUACUAACUCGUGCAUUUGUUCGACUUUUCUUCUGAUACUGAUUCAAAGGCUUUAACUCUGCACCUCACUGCUCAUACCAGCGCCUGUUUUUACAGGAAGUGGAUCAAUUGUUGACUAUCACAGAAAAAUGCUCUGACUUUAUUGAGCUCUGUGAUUAUAUGGUGUGAAAAGCCUCAAUCAGGGCUCAAAAAAGCUUAAAUUUCUUGAUUUCGAGAAAAAAAUCAUAACUUUAUCAGCAGCGUUACAAUUGUACUCCCAACAGCAAGUCAAGAAAAAGUGGAAAUCCAUUAAAAAGGUAUUUGUGGCGUGAUUGCUAGUCAAUAUCAUUAAACUAUACCUGUAAGUUUUUAGAUCGCCCAAUUUCACAGUAAAUGACUCCAAAUCCUUUCGCUUUAAAAUGCAUUUAUUUAUAACUUUUUAUUGUACAACCUAUUAGAUAGAUCUAUCCAAACAAUUGUGCUCGAUGAAGCUGGAGAUCUGAGCAUUUGGCUGACAAAUUGACUCAAAUAUGUGGUAGAAUUACUGGUCUUUCACACAACUUGUUUACAACUUUACAAUUCUAGGCAUGAAAUGCAGCUCACAUGUUGUGUCUAAAGGCUCAUUUAUGCUUGCCAUACGUAUAGAAAUGCACACGUCCGUUUUAAAAGAUGGUACCGUCACAUGCAUCCUUAGCGUUGGCAUGGAUGUUAAUCAUUACAUCCACCAGGGGGCAGGCCAGAGCCAAAAGUUUCUCUCUAGAGAUGCGUAUCGGGUAGUGACAGCAGCAACACUGCCCCCAUGUUUUCCAGUGGUACUGCUCCUUUUGGCCCAUAUCCGUAAACUUCAAGGAUACAUGCAGAAGUACAAACAAAAAGAACGCCAAGGUCAACGUAUGUAACGUUGAGCAUAAAUGAGCCUUAAGCUGUAGGCGUUAGCAGCUCAGGCUUUUCUCAUAGCAGAGUAAUGCUGUACUAUCUAGAUGUAAAGAAACACAGAUGACAGAUUGCAUCUUGAGGUCUGGCGGUAUUACUGUCUAAAACAUGGAAAUAAAGAGGUGUAUUUGCUGUGUGGUGUCAAGCGGGUAUAUAACAACUCACCUUGAGUGAUGAGGGCUGUGGAUGUUGAGGCUAGGGUUGGAUAUCGUUUGAUUUUGAACGAUUCUGAUUCUGAUUCGUCCAUGAGUGUGUCAAAUAAUUUUGUCAAUUACAACAGCUUACAAAGUCUUUUUUUAUCUCAAGCUAAAGCCUUGACCUGCUCUAAUGUUCUUGCUCAUCCUGGCAAAACAUUAAUCCUAGUUCCCUAAUUGGAAUUCCUCUCAUCAGCGGUCACCUGUUAGACUCAUUUUCAUUUUGUCGGUCUUGAAAAACUCCUUAUUAGUUUCACGCUGGCAUCUGUGAAAACCCGUCUCUCUCCACUCCCGCAUGCCCUCAGUCACACACUCCCAUUUAAGUCCACCUCAUCUCUCUACAUCUCCUCUCUUUGUGCCGGUCUCCAUUUCAACCUGUCUUUCAGGUCACCGUGCUUUUUUUUCACUCUCUCUCCUCUGCCAAUCUGCAGACGUCUGGCAGCCUUUCCAGGUUAUAAGAAGCUGGCAGGCAGUUUGCCAGUCUGCAGGAGGCCCUCAGAGACAGCAGCUCAGACAGCGCCUCCUUGUUUACUUUCAUGAGUUGUUGACUGGCCACCCUGCCGCGGCUGAUGCAGUGUCAGAGCGUGUCAGAGGAGGGCUACUGCAGAUUGAAAAGGCAUCAAAACAUUAUUGUGAAGCUCAGCCGCAGAGCUAAAAAAAAAAAAAUCAGGAAGUGUAUUUGCUGGAUUCCUGCGGAGGUGUUUGAGUGUGUGUAUGUGUGUAAAGACAGAAGAAGAAGAAGAAAACAAUAGUUCACAGCUCCUUUUCUCUGCUGUAUUCUCUGUCGUAUUCUCUUCCUCAAACAUUGUAUUAUAGGUGUGAAGGAUUAGAGCUUUGUUAAUUAUGAGGUUAUGAAUAGAAUUAUGUCUCCCAAAGGUUGCAGAAUCAUUUCUGUGAUAAUAGCGGUCUUGUUAUUCAUAUAUCAAGAUAUGCCAGUGAGUCUUUUAUAAUGAAUGAGGCUGCGAAGGCUUUUCUUCCUCCAAAGUGUUAUUUCCCCGCCAAAAAAAGUAGAAAUUCAUAUUUCAAAGACGGCAGAGAGUAUUUCUCUGCAGAGGAAUUUCAAUUCAGAAGUAGAAAACUCGGUCUUUGAAGCCGAAACUGCCCGUUUACGACCAAAAACCGAGAUGAAAAAUACCUCUGUGAUAGCAGCUUGUAAAGAAAAAAAAAUUGUCUGCUACUAAAGAACCAGACGGUGUUUCUUUGUUUAAAAAGUAUUUAAAAUCACAAAGCCUCAUGGUAUCAGCUCAUUAACACAGAGAGAAUGACCGAGUUAUUUCAACACUUGAUCGUCAGAGUAAUGAGGCGUGUCCCAUGCAAUAAACACACAUUAACGUCCACGCGGCGCACACACUCGGGAGUGAAUCAAAGUGAAAGACAACUGGAGAGGAGAGAGAGCGGAGAGAGAGCGGCUGGAAGGCGUCCAAAAUGUUCCACUCUGGAAUAUCUUCAAGGACAAUCAGCUAAACAGUUGAUAUUAAGAGAGCUGUGUGAAAUCGAUUGCUCAAGGUGUUAUCUGCGCCGCAGAAAUGGCUGGUAAUUAGUCAUGGCUAAAGGAGUGUAAGCGAGAGAGUGAGAUGGAUUUAAUCUUAAUAGAUUUCACUGCACUGCAGAUACAGUAGCUGCCCUCCUCUCUCUCUUUGACUAUCUAUCAGAGGAAAAGCAGCUGAGUAAGUAGCUGUGAUAUAGUGCCGUCGCUGGAUUCGCCCACACCUUCAAAUGUAGAUGUUUUGCUUGAGUUACUUCUUCAAAGGCAGCACAUUUUUGGCAGCUGUACCUGCUUGUAUCCAGCGGCUCAGGAGCUAUUGUUCGUGUGUGCAUAAAGCUUGAGCAUUGAAGUACUUGAGUCCACGGCAGCUGUUGACUUAGAGAUCUGGGAAGCUCAUUGUCAGACAAAGCCCUCAGUGACAGAUGGGGAGAUUGGGUUGAUUUCUUCUCUCUGAUGUCCCUGUGCAGCCUUGAAGCAGGACAGAUGUGUUAGUUUAGUGAUUAGCAGAGGCUAUGAUGGAUGAAGUCAACCGAAGUACUAAGUAUUUAAGGAGAGGUCAACGGGCAGGUGGGAACUUAGUUUUUUUAUGCUUGAUAGGAGAAUAUUUAAGGUUAAACGUGGCUGUCAAGGAUUAAGGAGAUGUUUUCUUAUUGUCCAAAAGAUCCCAGGAGAAACACAACCACAAAUUCAUAAUUCUGUCUCGCUUUAGUGGCUCCUAAUUUUCUCUAAUCCUUUUCCUCACUUUAUUAAACUAUAGAUCUUAAAAAAACAAGCCAAACUAGAUCAUCUAAACCUCUCAAUUCUUUUAAUAUAGCACCGAAUCAUGACGAUAGGUUCAUUAGAGUGCUUUUUAAUAGAGCAGGUUCAUACUGUACUCGUAUGUUCACUUCUUCUACCCCCUCAAUCAAAAACACACAUUCAAUUCGAUUAAAGAUCCUGUGAGGAAUUUUUGAUUGGUUAUUAAACAGACUUAAAUGGAGAGUGAUCAACACUAAGGCUGCAUUGUAUUGGAAAAAACAAACAUUGCUAAACAGUGAUGAGGAAUGUUCCGAAAGUAAUUCUCGAAGGGUAUGCAUUUCUCGGCACAACACCGGCUGAGCCAGCAACUAACUCCAUGUGCAGGGGAGUGGUUUCCUCCUCUCUUUAUUAGAUUGAGGGCUGGCAGGGUAGUCUGAUUGGCCACUGAAUAAAGAACGAAUGUGAUUGGUGGAUCGCGGCACACCACAUGCAGAGUCACAUGCAGUGUCUCUUAGUCAGCUAAACUUGAAAUCAGAUAAGUUGAUUUGCCUCCGACAUCACAGGCUCUGCAAUGUGACGAUCGCACACACGUACAUUGCGAUGAUGAUGCUUAAACGAUAUAUCGUGCUUCUCUAAUCUACCUUUAAGGUGUUCAAAAGCAAACAGCCAAAAGAGGACAUUUUGUUUCAUGAGUUGCUGCUUUGUCCACAGGGGGGCGCCAAGUCAACACAGACAGAAAACUCCUCACAGGAGCUUUAAUCCUAGAAACUCUUUUUGAGGUGAAACUGAGUUUUAGUUUGACCCAUGCCACAUCUGUUCACAAAGCUUUAUCACCUGUCCUGCGGUUCAAACUUUGGCUUUACUUUUAAGGAGCUGUUGUGUUGCUCAUUUUUUUAUUCCCCAUGUGGUUAACUCCAUGGGAAAGAGUCAGUGUUCCCAGGACAGUCUCCUCUUUUAAGCACCACUAAAGAAUGAAGGGCCUUGAAAGGAUGUCACAGCCCAUGAGUAACAUUCAAGUACUCUGUGUUUGUCUCCAUGAUUUCAUUAAAUCUCGGAGUAAACUCCUUUGAAAAGAAGAGGCAGAAUCUCGUCGUGUUUUCUCACAGGACUUUCGCUGGGAAAAAACCUCCCUGUUUAUUUUUUCAUCUCCGCAGCAAACAUUGGAGACGAGAUUACAUCUGGAAUCACUUCGUCUUAGUUUUUCACUCACUUAAAUUUUUAAUACAAGGACUUCCAGAAGUAGAGGAAGUGUUUAGUCUAUGCUGUGUUGAUAGCAGGAUGCUGAAGUAGGGCAGAUGUAGAAAAGGUGUUUAGUCGUACAGUGAGUCAGAUUUGUCUCAGUGGGACUUUCUGAUAGCGCUGCUACGUGCAACUUUAAUAUCCUGUUAGCCAUGAAUUAUUUGUUCUCUGCUGAAACUGUAAUUGCUUUGUUGUUUUGUCAGUUGUUCGACCUUUUUAUCUUUCACGGAACUGUGGUUUUAAUUUUUCAGCUGACAAAAAGGUUUUUUUCUUUUUUUGGCACUUUGACAUUUAUAUUUGUUGUUGUUUUUUUCUAGCAUCUAAAAACAUGUUUUUUAUUUUUUUCUGUUUCUGUCAUUUUCCCCCGCAGAAGCUCAAACAGAAGAACCAGCAGCUGAAGCAGAUCAUGGACCAACUCCGCAACCUCAUCUGGGAGAUCAACUCCAUGCUGGCUGUCAGGAGCUGAACCCCCCCACCCCCACCCCCACACACACAUAAAUCCACGUAUCGCCACACACAGACGCUCUUUCUUGCAUUUAAUGGAGAAAAUCUACAGUCAUUGACUGGACUUGUGACAGGGUAGCACAGACUGGCCGAGGCUGCACUUUACAGGAGAAAUUUGGGACCUUGGCAAUAUCAACCAGAUUUUAAAGAGGACAUAAAACAACCGAAGGAAAAACAAGAGGAGACGAAUGAAGAGGCAAGGAGGCACCCACCCAGUGAGAGUUGGAGGAGAGGGUGCUGGUGCUGUAUGCAAAGCCCAUCUCUGAAUCCUACAUUUCAAUAUGACUGAAUUAACCUGCAGAAUUGAUCCCCAUGUAUUUGUAGGUACUAGCUCCGUAGAGACACACUGAUAUAUACUCUAUUUAAUCCUCAGAUUUGAACAUCGGUUACUUAUUUCAUAGUUUUAGAAGUGUGUGAAGUUCCUAAAAAAAUGUUUUAUAUAUUUCUCUACAAAACUUCAAUAUAAGAAGAUGAACACUGUGGAAAGAGUUGUAUUCCUCCUGUAUUAAUCAGCUGUUUAUUAUUGAUGUAAGUUAAUCAGUCCCUCAUGAACUGUACUCUGGAUUCUGCUGAAAUAUAAACCUUGCUGUGAUUUUAUAAAGAAAACUUUCUUACGCUGCAA